GGGCGGAGUCACGGAGCGCAGGCCCGAGACCGGCAGGUGGGCGGGAGCGCGCGGCCGACACAGAGACAGCACUAGAGACAGCUCGGGAGAGCUCUACAGUCAGAGCGGCAGAGACAGCUAGGGAGUGGCAGCCAGGGGAGAAGGAAAAAAAAAAAAAGGAGCGAAGAAGGCAGCUCGUAAAAGGGACAACGGUAAUAGAGGGAGAGGCUAUCAGGUAAUGAGAGAGACAGCCAAAGCAAGGAAGAGACAGGCUGGGAGAGAGGUCAGUCUAGGAAGAACCAGUGUGACAAGUGACAUUAAUCACUGGACAGGAGGUAAAGACACAGGUGGGGAAAAGUAGCUGUCAUAGAGACAGACUAUGACAUAAAGAGAGAGCCAGCGAGCCACAGAGAGACUGUCACUGGACAACUAUUGAUUACCUUAGGGCACUGGCAUGCUUGGUAAGAGACAGUCAGCCACUGAGUGAGAGAGACAGUCUGUGUGAACCAAGAGGGAGCAGUGAAGAAGAAAGGUAGGAGCUCACACUGAGAGCUUUUCUAAGACAGCUUGGCAAAGGCCUGGGCUGUGAGACAGCUUUAUAUCUGUUACCUUGUAAUCCAGGGUUUUGGGGUAACCAAAGAAGAAGGAAAUGAAGAGCAAGUGACAGAAGAGUGACUGCACGUUUUCCACCUACCCAGCCACCUAACCAGACUUCAUCAGGCAGAAAGCACCAUGUCAGCUCCCCGGGUCCAGAACAAGCUGUCCAGCACAGAGCGCGCCGUCAGAGGUACCAUAUGCAUCAUUUACAAUAGCCACUAGCACAACAUCACCACGUUGGCAUCUCCUGGCACACCACACUUGUACUACACCACCCUAAAUAUUUCAGAAUUACACUGGCACCACUAGAGCAGUUGCCAAUACAACCUUUUAUUACAAAAACUAGUAAUGUAACUAUUACCACCCGGAUAUCCAAAUGCAACCAUAUCCAAAUAUUGUUGGACUACAGCACCCAUAAUCCAAGAGAGGCCAACAAUUGUCUGCCAUUGCUUAUCCAGGCAUUUCCUGCUAGAAACAUUUUUCCAGAACCCUUUUGUAGAUCCCUUGAACACUACCAUCACAGCUACCCUUACACAUUGUUACUUACGACUGGUUCUUACCAUUAUUACAACCUAGAUCUAGCAAUUUAGAGUUAAGAAACGUAUUUGUAUUAUUCAUUCUAUGUAUAGCAGUGGUUCCCAACCUUUUCGUGAUCAAGGUACACAUCAUGGCAAUCAAACGUUCCCAGGUACAGCUACUUGGUUUUUAUUUUUACCUCCAUCAGCUACUUAUAAAAUAUCACAUUUGCUUGAAGCCUUAAUAGAGAGGUGUACACCCUUCUAGCCACAUUAACAUAUACAGUUUAAUGAAUUGCCAUGUGGGAAUACUAAUUUUAUUAAUACAAUAAUACAAGUAGCUGCACAGAUUGUGAAAAUAGCUAAAAUGUGAUGGGAAAAUCCACUAAACCCAUUAUAAAAUCUCAAACAGAUUAUGGUUUAGUCCACCACCAAAUAAGCAUUGCUAUACUGUGGUAGAUGCAUGGUUGGCUUUUAACAUUGUCACCCAUGCCAUUGUAAACCGUAAAGGAAUGCUAAUUUAUUUAGAGGCAUAUUUUCUUUCUUGUGCACAUCUGCAGCAUAUUAUUUGUUCUUGCAAAUAGCUUCUUGAUGCAAGUGAUUUUUUUUUCUCUCUGUUGCAAAUCUCUUCAUGCCUUUUAGGGUGACAAGUACUGUACAUAGAAUCACAGACUCAGGAUGGCACAGUGGGACAAUGCUUUGUGGCCAUUCCCCACAGGUUGAAUUAGAGUUGUAGGAGAGCUGAUGGAUGCCUUUCUCAAAAGGCUAUAAGGAAAUUGACCCUUUCUAUUGGAUUUUAGAAAAUAGAGAGAAAAUAUAGUCCUUUUUAUUAUCCCAAUGAGUGGCUUUAAAAGAUUACCCUUUGGGAUUCAGGAUGGCAUCUUCCUGCCACAUGGUCGAUGGAAGUUAGCUUUGGGACAUGUAGUAUAGCCUUCCUGCCUCAAGGUGACAUGGCAAAGUCUGUCUGUGACAUUCAAACAGAUCAAGGGAUGACAGGUCUGUCCUGUUGUGACACAGAGUGAAAUGUAUAUGUUAUGGAGUUAGUCACUCCCAUCACAUGUCACAGUAACACAGUCUCUCCCCUUUGCCCUUUUUAACUGCUGUCAUCAACAGACCUUUAUGGGGUAUUCAGGUCCAGCACUCGAGAUUGAUUUCUCUCUAUUUAAAUAUACAGGAAUGUCCUGAAAGGUACUUGCUUUGUGAGCUGAAAGCCUCACAAUUAACUAUAUGACUGAUAUAUUGUGCUUGUGUACAGGCAUUUUAUUCUAUCAUGAUGCUUUCAAAUUAGAUUACUGCACACAUUUGUUUUGAGGCGCUAUGAUCCUUAUCGUUUCAUAUUAUGCACGUAUUGAUAACAUUCAUUGUGGGUAUGUUAUUUAUGUGUAACUGAUCCCCUCUUUACCGAAAGGGUGAGGUGUAAAUGUAUUCAGGGUCAGUGCCUGUAUGUAUUAGUGCAAGAAUGUUAUGUGCAGGGUAAGCGAUCAUCUCUCUGCUCCUGAUCAGGGGAAUCUCCCUCCCCCUCCUCCUGACACACUAAUAGGAUUUCCUGGCCUCCUCCCCCACACGUUGGCUUUGCACUGAGGUGUGUGCACGCGUGGUAUUAGAGUCUCUGUCCCCAUCUAAUCCUCCUCCUGGUGGGACUGAUGCAGCAUGGGGACAGGUAACCGCAAGCCAACCCAUGACAGGGACACCCCCUCAGGGGGACAGGCUGAUGAAAAAGAAAGCUUCCAAGUCACAAUGCCUCCUGUGCCCCCAGAUGCUGCAAGGGAAGCCAUUGGUAUGGUCUAAAUUUAGGGGCUGGGUAGUGGGUAUAUGACUUCACUAUCCCCUUUAUCUUUUAAUCAUCAUAAGCAUUAAAUAAGAGUAUGUCAUUGAUGUUGUUAAUCGUGCCAUAAUUGUGACCGCACAUUGAUCCUGAGAAUUCCACUUUAGAACAUUCUGUUCCCAGCACAGACACUUCUGUAUAUCACUGAUAGUUAUCAGAGCACUUUGAUCAUAGCAUUAAUGAAUCGCUUGAAUGCACUGGUACCAGUGGCAUACACCGGCAAGAGGCAGGCCUGCUAAUUACGGAGUUCUUCCACUCUGCAUACAGUGAAAUCAUUAAUGUCACACUGGUGUGGUGCAAGUGUAAGAACAAGGCUGCUGCUUCCUUGUUACACACAUUUUUGAGCAUCUUAACAUUUUAAUCCAGUAGCAUACAUUAGGGAUAGUAAUUAUUGCAUUUUUUUUUUUUUUUUUAUUGAUUCUCGGUUUAAAUGUGUUUUCUAGCCAAAUUUAAUCUUGCACUAAACCAGUAAGUUUUAAAAUAACUUGAAACGGAUGAAUUAAUGUGACAGACGUACAAAAUAAGCUAUGCAUGAAACAUUGUUAAUGUAGAGUUCUUAGAGCAGAGUUGUAGAGUUAGUCAUGCACUAGUCUUGGAAAUGCCAGCUGUGAUUCAGGUAUCACUUCUCAUUUAAAUCCUGAAAAGGAAAAUUAUGAUUUUGUAAAUUUUGAAUCGGAUAAAUUCUUUGGAUCGAAUUAGAAUUCACUUUAAUAUUGUGAAGAGUCAUAGGACUCAGUUUGUGGCACUCUGAGACUGCCGUUUGAAGAUGUAAUGAUCUUUGUUUGUUAUUUUUUCAAGUGGUAUUCAGGUCCAGCACUUGAGAUCCUGACAUUUUACUUUGAAAGCUGUAAGUGAAUUUAAAAUUAAAGGCCAGAUAAGCCAAUCUGAAAGGAUAGCUGACUUUGCCAAUUUUUCCAAAUUUCAUAUUUUGGCUUUACGUUUGCUUUGAAUUCUCACUUUAGAUAAUAACCCUGGUCAUCAAGUAAACCUUUUGUGGCUCAUGUGAGCUCCUUAGCUAAACUUUUUGCUUUAAACCAAGAAGUAUGUUAGAUAUAUUAGGUCACAAAAAGGAAUUGUCAUUGCAUCUAUUAUUGGCCAAUACUGGCCUGUCUAAGGUCUUGCAGCUUCACCAUGCAACUAUUUAUACAGAACAAUAAUUGAGAAAUUUAUCAAUGCAAUUUCAGCCCGAAGUCUGUCAGAUAUUAUACUCCGUUGCACGUUUUGCUCCCUAAUCGCCAUGUUUGAAUAUGCGUGCCCAACAUGACUACAAAUUUGGAGGUUUUGUAAAUGGAAAUGUCUGUGACGUGUGCUUUAGUUUGUACACUUGCAGGCAGUCUGCAAGGGAAAGUUACAUUACAACUCCUUCCCUUCAUUCAUUAGGCCCUCCCCGCAUUUCUUUUGCGCGGUUUGUUGUUUUAAUAUAUCCUUCUCCCCUGUCCACCCCUACUCUCUGGUCAGCGCCAGGAGCUUCGCCCAGCUCUGUGUGGCAUAAAAGUUUUAAAACCUUUUUUUUUUUUUUUUUUUGAGCAUUUCGCCGUGGGGGAACCUAUUAGUAAUGCGGAAUCAUGAAGAAGGUUUACAGUAUCCCUUUAAGAAAACCUUCACGUAACUUAGUAACUUUAAUACGAUCAAAAUAAUGUAAUUUAACUCCCACUUUUUUGGAGCUCUUUGGUAACUAUCUCCCUAAAUUUUGAAUAAAGGUACACACUGUGAAACUGACAUUAGUGCAUGUGAUGUCAUGUAACAUUACCCACUCCGAUUAGGUGAUACACUGCAGAGCUGGACCUGUUUCCUGUAAGUUGCAACUAAAUAUACAGUGUACUCGGGUUCAGACAAUGUUAUCAUGCUCUCUAUAUUCAUUUUAUUUACUUACAGGACUACGUAUCUAUUGUCACAAUAUUUUGGGGGGUAGGUGAGUUGAGACAUUUAAUACAUUUUUUUAAAGUGUUCAUUUUGUAUAUUCUCAUUGGAGCAUAUACUAGUAUACAAAUGCCAAUAUAUGAGAUAUUAGCAAAGUAUUGUAUGAACAUUAGGUAACCUGAAGGGGGCUGCAUGAGAUGUGGUUGUUGCUCUUGAGAAGUGUAUGUGCUGCAAUGUAUGGUGAUGCAUUAGGUAAUAGAUUCUACAUAACCUUAUCCUGACUCUGCAAACAUUUUUAAUUUCCCUUAGUACUUUUAUUCACACAUUGGGCUAAAACAUUUACCCAACAAAAGUGGCAUUUCAAGUGGGCAUAAACAUUACCUGUUGACUUUCUACUAUAUCCAGCCAAACGUGUCAUGUGACAGUCAUAUAUUUUUAUUUUUUUUUGCAGUAGGAGAAUUUCAUUGUAUUUAUCACAUAACUGCGUCUUUCUAUUUUGUAGCUUCUGUAAUUUCUCUUUAUAUACACAUAAUUGCUUUUCUGAUUAAAGGCACACUCCAUGCGCCAUAACUGCUACAGAGUGAUAUAGUGAUUAUGGUGCCAAGAGUGUCCUCUCGCCCUCCAAUGUAAGUAGUCAUACUGUUUUAGAAGGGCUUCACUUCUUACCUUGGGUCUGUCAGAUGCCACACCAUACAGCAUGAAGCUCUCUUCACUGAGCUAAGCCUGGAGGUAUUCACUGGCAGACAGCAAUCAGCUGACACUCAGCCUGUAAGCUCGCCUUGCACAGCUGGGCUUAAAACCCCAAGUAAGAAGGAAAAUUGAUACUAAGCUGUUUCAUUACUAACGUUGGGAGGGCACCAGGGAAAUCCAGGCACCAUAUCUACUGCAGCAUGCUGUAUUGAUUGUGGUGCUUAGUGUUCUUUUAAUAGCAUGUGUUUGUUUGUUUUUAUUUAUGGUUUAGGAGUCAAACAGGUACUGUUAGUAGCUGUAUAUCUAAUCCAUGUUAAAUAUCCAGCAUUUAUAUCGCACACAACAUAUAUCAAUAACCCACAUGCUACCAAUAGUAGAUACAGUAUCCAUCACACUUUAUAUCACCAUGCAAUAUACUCAUUUUAUUAUUUAACUCAUACUUCAUUCACCACUAUAUUGUGUCAUAAGAAGCCCCUGACUUAUUCACUGUUGGCCCACAUCAGUUGAUUAUGCCAUUUUCCUUAGCACCUGCAUCGAUAUGCAUUAUCUUUUCUUCCUUACAGUGGAUCUCAGUAUCUGAGCCCCUCCAUUUUGUUUUCCUCUGUCCAUGAAACCUGCAGAUUGCCCUUCUGUCAGAUACUUUUGAUGGAUUGAGGGUAAAUUAGCAACCAAAGUGGAACUUUAUUUGAUCUCUGCCAUAAAAGUAAGGUAAUAUUUGUUAAAAUAAAUAAUCUAGGAGAAAUAGAUGGAUAAAAAAAUGACUAAAGCAGCUGCCACUGUUUGUUUAUUUUUUUUCCCCUGCUAUCCAACUUCCUCCCUCCUUGACUGUCCAUUUUAUUUGUAUUUUUACGGAUGUCUAUUUGUAAAGUUAUACUUAUGGGAAAAUAUUGACUGUUAUCUUAUGUAGCAGGUUAACAAAAGUUGACAAAGGGUGUCCCUUUGGUCUAGCUUCACAUCCUUUGCCAACUUUGUCAUUGGAUGUCAAGUCAACAUUCUCCAGUGUCACGUUAUGUCUGAUAGCAGCACAUUGUUGACUUGCAUAAUCAGGAGAGUCAAUUGUGGUCUGUGUAAGUACUGGACAUGUGCUUCAAGGGCAAAGGACUGCAUUUUUGGGCGUCAUCAUCUUAGACACUAAGAUGGCAGUGCUGUAAAAGACCUGGUAAGACUGGUACACUGAAUAAAAAGGACAGUUGUACCAGUGCUGUGUCCCAUGUUUUAAAAAGGUGCGGGUGGGGAGGAGGGGAGUUGAGAGGAGAGAUUGGGCCCAAAAAGUCUGUCCUCCUGUUUCCCUCAAAAGCACAAUUUUAGAUGUUUAUCUGUUUUUUCAGUAGGUCUAACAUACGCAAUUGUACUUCUGUGAACAUUGCCUGCCAAUCUUCCAUUUUUGAAGGGGUGCUUGAAGAGUGACCAAAGAAAAUGUUAUAAAUGUUUAAAACACAUUUGCUCCUGGGACUGAUCCUUUAACUAUUAAAACCCACCAUUGUUGCAUAAUCAGUGUAUUCAUUUGGAGCAGAUCCUUUAAUCAUGGCUAGUGAGAACAUUAAUUUACCCAAUCACAGAGGGGCAGAUAUACGUUUAUUUUUAUUAUUAUUAUUGCCAUUUAUAUAGCGCCCACAGAUUCCGUAUUUAACUAUAAAUAGGACAGUUACAAGAAAACUUACUGGAAUGAUAGGUUGAAAAGGACCCUGCUCAAAUGAGCUUACAGUCUAUAGGAGGUGGGCUGUAAAACACAUUAGGACAGGAAAUCGCAAUCAAAUAAGGUGGGAGUGAAGCAGAGCUGGAGGAGAGAGUAGAGUGCUGCGCUUCAGGAGAGCGCAAGAGACAGGUAUGUAAGGUAGAGGUUACUCUGGGAGGCCAUGAAGACUAGGGGAGAGUCUGAUGGCAGUAGGCAGGCUAUUCCAUACUUUAUUCUGGCCUCACCUUGAAGCGCAUGUCCAGUACAUAGGAAGGAAGCCGCCCGCAAGAAGUCCUGCAAGCAUGAGAGGGCAGCAGACAGGAGAAGGUCACGGGCAGAGUGGAGAGACUGAGAAGGGGCAUACCUAUUGAUCUGUGAAGAGAUAUAAGAGGGGCUAGAAUUGUUUAGUGCUUUAUAGUUAUGGGUUAGCACUUUGAAUUGACUCCUAUAGGAUACAGGAAGCCAAUGUAAGGACUGACAGAGGGGUGAGGUGUGAGAGGACCUACUAGAGAGGAAAAUCAGUCUGGCGGCAGCAUUCAUUACAGACUGUAGCGGGGCAAUGUGGCUUUUGAGAAGACCAAUUAGGAGAGGGUUACAAUAAUCCAAUUACUAGAGCAUGGACAAGCUCCUUGGUAGCAUCUUGCAUAAGAAAGGGGCGGAUGCCGGCUAUGUUUUUAAGAUGGAAUCUACAGGAUUUGGCAACAUACUUGAUGUAAGGCUCAAAGGUGAGGCCAGAAUAAAGUAUGAUGCCAAGACAGCGCGUUUGCAAGGAUGUGGAUACCACGAACUUAAAGGGAGAGUGAAAGUGAAGGAUCUUUAUUCGAAGGAGGAAAGACAAAGAGCUCAGUUUUAGAGAGAUUGAGUUUCAGAAAGCGGGAGGACAUCCAGUCAGAUGGCAGAAAGGCAAGCAAUGACAAGUUGCAGGACGGCAGGGGAGAGGUCCGGGGAGGGGAGAGAUAUUUGGGUGUCAUCAGCCUACAGGUGGUAGUGGAAUCCAAAUGAGGUAAUACAUUUGCUAAGAGAGUCAGUAUAAAGAGAAAAUAGAAGGGGUUCAAGCCUUGGGGGACUCCAACCGAGACCGCACGAGGGGAAGAGGUGUCAUUAGAAAAGGAGACACUGAAUGAGCGUUGGGAGAGAUAAGAGGAAAACCACGAGAGGACCGUCACAGAGACAGAAUGAUUGAAGAAGGAGAACAUGAUGAACGUUGUCAAAGGCAGCAGAGAGGUCAAGAAGAAUUAGUAUGGAGUAGUGGUUUUUGGAUUUAGCUACAAUUAGGUCAUUAGUAACUUUGAUAAGAGCAGUCUCAGUUGAGUGGAGAGGGCAGAAGCCAGACUGAAGAGGGUCAAGGAGAGAGUUGGAAUUGAGGAAGCGAGACACACGGGUAAAGAUAAGCCUUUCCAAAAGCUUUGAUCUACGUAUGGUUGAGAGAGAGAACGGCAAGGAGGGGAGAAUUCUUUCCUUAGCUGUUCCAUCUCGUCAGUAAAGUAGCAUGCAAAGCUAUCUGCUGUAAGGUUAUUUUGGGGGGUGGCCACAGCAAGACGAAGAAGAGAGUUAAAGGUGUCAGAGAGACGCCUCGGAUUGCAGGAGCAUGAACUAAUGAGAGAUGAAAAGUAUGACUGUUUGCCGAGGGCAAGGGCUGCCCUGUAUGAACACAAUAUGAAUCGAUAAUGGAGAUAGUCUUCCUGGGUGCGAGACUUCCUCCAGGAGCGUUCAGCACAACAGAGGCAUCUUUGCAGGUAGCGUGUUGAUUUAGUAUGCCACGGUAGGGUGUGUGUUUUGAGCGGGGCUGCAGCGUUCAAGGCAGAUGUGAGGUUAGUGUUAUAUGUGGAGAUCACCAGUGAGGGACAAGAGAGGGAAGGGAUGGAUAGCAGUUGUGAAUCAAUAUCAGCUGACAGCUGUUGGAGGUCAAUAAAAAUAAGGUGCCUCCUCAGUUGAGGGGGGGUUAGGCAGAGGUUGUUGGGUGAGGGGGUACUUGAGAGCAAAUGAUAAGAGGUGGUGAUCAGAGAGAGGAAAUGGAGUGUUGCAGAUAUUGGAUACUGUACAUGCAUAAGAGAAAAUAAGGUUGAGGGUAUUGCCAGCUACAUGGGUGGGAGAUAGCACUGUGAUAGCCCGAGGGAGGAAGUAAUUGAAAGUAGUUUAGAGGCUGCUGAGGUCAAAGGUGGGUUCACACUUUAUAGGCUGGCUACGUUCUACUGGAAGGACAUAGAAUUCAUACAUGAGGAACUAUUAUCAACAAUGUGUUACCUGCCAUAAAUGUUUGCAUGAUGUAUGUCCUAGACCAGGCCAGAAAUAUAUCCACUUUAUUAGUACCAAGCUUUAUAUUGCUGGUCUGACAAUCCUUCUCCAAACCUACACGUCCAACAAUGCCUGCUGUUAUUUGGUCUCUCUGCUCCAUCUACAUCAGAAAUGUUUUUCUUGGAUAGCAAUAGUAGGCAGAGUGCUAGAGUGGGUUAUCCUGGAUCUCUAGCCAUAACUGCUUUUCAAGUUUUAUGUAAUUGACAUUGAUAAUGCUGAAGUGUAAAUUCUGCAUUAUUAGUGCAGUUAUGGAAGAAACAGUGUCUGGGUGCUGUAGAGAGCGACUUAUUAUUUAUUUUUAAAAUAUGAACCCACUCCUAAGCAGUUUGACAAAAAAGUAGGAUAGCUCCCACAGAUUCAUUACACCAUAACCACUCUUUGAUAACUACUGUAGACCUAAAAAUAAGAACAGGUAGGUGGGAGAGAGAGCCUUUUCAGUGCCCAUAAGUGCUUACUGUUAGGAAGGAUCCAGUGACUGAUUGCAAAGUUGACUGGAUAGGGCCAGUAACUGUUUAAACCAAUUUGUGUUUAUAGAAGCUAUCGUGUUAUAAAAUCGACUGGGAAAGUCCAAUAAACAUUUGAAAUGCUUUGUUUUUAUUGAAGCCACAUGUUAUAAAAUAGUAUGUCUUUUGAAACCCAUGAAAUUUCUUGGAAGAUAAGGGUAUUUUGGCUUACGUGGUCAACACUCUUCUCCAUUAAGCAGUAUGUGGAAUUCAUAAGUGGAUGCACUUGGAAAUCAUUGUAUCUCUUUAUUUCUUUUAAGUCCUAGAAUGAAUAAAACAGCACAUAAUUUACUUGUACUCUGGUGCCACCCAAAAUCAUACGCUGUUAAUAGGUGUAUUGUUUUAAAUGGCGGACGUAGGGAUCCUGAUAGAUAGAAACGGCAUCAGAAACCUUUUAAUCCCUUUUUGUCACUACCGUUAAAAUCAGCAUGUUCUUUUGGAACUUUAUCAUACCUUAUGCAUUCUAGCCCUGAGCACACAUGAACGUUUCUUAAACGAAUGUGCAGGAUUAUAUUGAUUAAAUUACUAGCAGUGUGUAUUACGGUAUAGAUUUCUCAUCAUGGUUUUCUAUGAAUCUUUGACAUGCAAGAAGAGUAGUCGGCUUAAUGCAUAUUCCUGGAGAUAAUAAUUUGACUCUAAAUCUCUGGGUUGUUACUCCCAUUCCAGGGUAAAUGGACAGUCUUACACAGUGUUUGGUCCUUAUUCCUCAAUAUUCUACAUGGAUAUCAAUCUAUCUGCACCCUUAGAUUGGCCUUAUUAUUUAUAAUAUGACAUUAAUCCAGAUAAGGUUCAGUGCAUAUCUUUCCAGCUUAAAGUUUCCAAAAUAUUGAAACUGUUUGGCUAAUAGUGUGAUAAUUUUCAUACUCAACUCCUGUAUGGUAAAGCACCAUGUUCUGACAUUGACCGUUCAAAUUAAAAAACUAAUCAGUGUGUUUAUGUGGUCAUAGAUUACUAAUAAACCGUAAAAAGAUUGGCCUAAAGGUGUGGGUUUUUAAACAAUCAACUUAUAUUUGCUUAAAACAGCCUUCUUUUAAGAAUAGGCUCCAUAUAUAAAGUCUUCCUAUGCCAAUCUUGAUAUUUUUCUUUUUAAAACAGUUGUCCAAUUCUGCUUAAUAAGUUGAGGCUCUGAAAGUGUCCUAUAGUACAGGUAUAUCUGCUGCUUUCUGGCAGUGCUGCAGGACCCUGUGUGUGAAGGGUUGCAUGUGACUUGGCUGAGAACGAGGCAGCAUUACAGCACCUCUGACCAGGCCUGAAAUCCGCUCACUUGUGAGAACAGACAUGGCCUAAUUACUGGGAUCACAGGGUCUCUGGGAGGAUGUGUGCAACUCUGAAACCAUGUGCAUACAUCAGUGUUUAUCUCUCUAAGUUGCUAUGGCAUCUCUGCAUGCAUAUAAUAAUCACAAUCAGUGUAGAUAUAAUGUACAUAAAGUAUAUGUAGAAUUUGACAUUCCCAUUAGUUCAAUAGUAUAUGACAAGUUAAAUAAACCAUUAAACCUUUUUCUACAGACAAGGCUUUCCACCCGGGCUGUAACCUCUGCUUUGAAUGUAUUUAGAGAUAUUUAACUUGCUGUUCAAUAAGUUUUGUAUUUGCACUAUUAGGUGUGUGUAUGUAUAUGUAAUAAUAAAAUAAAAUAAAAAUAUAUAUAUAUUCCAGAGAUUCCUUGCACUCACGCUUUAAGUAGUUCUGGGUGCUUGAAAUCGAGGGGAGGAAAUAUAUCCAUAGCAGAAAGGUGAGCAGCACUCACUGACUUUUGAAGUUAAAAAUUCAGUUUUUAUGGAAGAUGCAUUUAAAAUAGGAUCAACGUUUCAGUCCCUAUCUGGGACCUUCAUGAGGAUCAGACACAGGCAUCAAAGAAAACAUUAACAUUUAUAUAAUGAAAGAAUCAGAGGAAUUUACUUACACCAGAUACUGUGGCUAAUACAGCUAGCGUUCCCAAGUGCAGUGUGCGCAUGCGCUUACAAGACCCCGACCCUCACGUAACGUACUGUGGUGCCGUAUGUUUCCAUGGCAGUGGGAGAAAAUCCUAAUCACCAAGGAGACACAAACAAACACCUAUUGUGCUUUGAAAGAUAGAGGUAGAAGCAGUAACCAAGGCAUAAACUGCCAAAUUUAUACCAGACCCAGAACAUGGAGCUGGAAUAUAACAAUAUCAGUGAAAGAAAAGAUAGUUACUAAGCUUGAGUGUUAAAAUACAUGUAUAUAGGCGUGAAAUAAUUAUCCAAAAGUGGCAUAUCGUGAAGGUCAUUCAGAACAACCGGUGGCCCAGCAUUUUCUUAACCUUCAACAUCCACCUUUAACCCUGAAGUUUGUCGCAAUUGACCAUAUCCCACCACCUAAGCGUGGUGGUGAUCAUGGGAAACUCUUAUUGAACAGAGAGACAUUAUAUUAAAAAAAAAAAUAACCCACAGUAUUAGAAAUAUUGUGUGUGUGUGUGUGUAUGUAUGUAUGUAUGUAUGUAUGUAUGUAUAUAUAUAUAUAUAUAUAUAUAUAUUCUAAAAAAACAAAAAAUAUUUAAGGAUAGCACUCCAAGGACUUUAUAUAAAAUAUAACUUUUAUUUACCUUCUAAAUAAAAACGGUCAACGUUUCUGCUUGAUCCCCUCAAGCUUUCCUCAGGACAUGAACCGGGCGUUAUAUUAGUUUUUUGAGUGGAGUGCAAGAUUUGAUAUAUAUGUAUGUAUAUGUUUGUGUGUGUGUGUGUAUAUAUACAUACAUACAUAAAGACUCACCAUGUUUUGUGGGACAAUUAAUGCAACUUAUGAAUUCUAGAGACAUCGUAAUAGUUUAUGAAUGUUUCCAUACCCUGAGGUGGUAUUAUUCUCCCUUCUGCUAUCAUGUAUCUUGUAUGUUAAUGAUAUUGUUAGAUUUGGGUAGUUAUUGCUUACUACAUUUCUGUGAUGGAAUCGCUGUUAUUUAUGUGUGGUAGCAACGGAUGUGCAAAACGCUCGCUAUUGCUGCAUAUCUAAAUAAACUAUAUUGCUGUUAGAGAAGCAGGGUCACAACUAAAAGUAGGAGAAAAAAAAGUGUGAAUUUUAGCAUGUAACUCGUGAUAAAGGCAAAGUCUUAUUUUGUGACAAAAAAGCUUAAGAUUCGUGUUAAGCAUUAGAUUUUCGUUUGAUAAAUCAAUAACAACCGAAAGAGAUCUGAUUACUAGAAGUGAUUUUGCAGAGAUAUGGAAGUAUGAAACAUGCAAUUUUGCAAGCAGUAUUAUUACAAAAGUCUGGUGGCUAUUUACAUUUGUAUAUUUUGCCAUUUUUCUUUCACUGCAUCUUUUUAUUGAUUUUUCAAGUUAAAUCAAACUUUGUACAGCCAUGCAUUGAUUGCAAUGUGUUGUACAUUUGAUUUUGCCACUUUGUAUAUGUAUGAAAGAAUAACAUUAUGUCCUACUAACUGUGUCACUGCAGAAUGGGCCAUACAACUGUCAUUUCACUCUGCAAGAUUGAAGUAUUGUAACCAUAAAGGCAUUUUGCAUUCUCGUGUAAUGAGCGUUUAAACAUAUUUUACAACAUUGCUAGUUUCCAAAAGUACUUAGGGCAGGCAUCCAAAGCCGAGCAUCAUGCACCCUACUUUUGGCCCUAUGGCCCUCUAAAGACUUUCAAUUCCCUGUUGAAUAUAACGGGAUAACAGGGCCCCAUUCUCCUUGUGUCGACUAUGAAGCUCUCUGAACUCCACAAUUGACCAUAUGCUGCCUGUAAAGAAGUCUAACAUGGCCCCUGGCAACAUAGAAACAUAGAAUGUGACGGAAGAUAACAACCAUUCGGCCCAUCUAGUCUGCCCAAUUUUCUAAAUACUUUCAUUAGUCCCUGGCCUUAUCUUAUAGUAAGGAUAGCCUAAUGCCUAUCCCACGCAUGCUUAAACUUCUUUACUGUGUUAACCUCUACCACUUCAGCUGGAAGACUAUUCCAUGCAUCCACUACCCUCUCAGUAAAGUAAUACUUCCUGAUAUUUUUAAACCUUUGUCCCUCUAAUUUAAGACUAUGUCCUUUUGUUGUGUUAGUUUUUCUUCUUUUUAAAUAUAGUCUCCUCCUUUACUUAGUUGAUUCCCUUUAUGUAUUUAAAUGUUUCUAUCAUAUCCCCCCUGUCUCGUCUUUCCUCCAAGCUAUACAGGUUAAAAUUCUUCAACCUUUCCUUGUAAGGUUUACCCUGCAAUCCAAGAACCAGUUUUGUAGCCCUUCUCCGAACUCUCUCCAAACUAUCAAUAUCCUUCUGGAGAUACGGUCUCCAGUACAGCGUACAAUACUCGAAGUGAGGUCUCACCAGUGUUCUGUACAAUGGCAUGAGCACUUCCCCCUUUCUACUGCUAAUACCUCUCCCUAUACAACCAAGCAUUCUGCUUGCAUUUCCUGCUGCUCUAUUACAUUGUCUGUCUACCUUUAAGUCAUCAGAAAUAAUCACCCCUAAAUCCCUUUCCUCAGAUGUUGUUAGGACUCUAUCAAAUUUUCUGUACUCUGCCCUUUGGUUUUUACGUCCAAGAUGCAUGAUCUUGCACUUAUCCACAUUAAAUGUCAGUUGCCACAACUCUGAACUUUUUUCUAGUUCACCUAAAUGAUUUGACAUUUGGCAUAUCCCUCCUGUAACAUAUUUUAGUAUCAUCAGCAAAAAGACAUACUUUACCAUCAAGACUUUCUGCAAAAUCACUAAUAAAAAUAUUAAAGGGAAUGGGUCCAAGUACAGAUCCCUGAGGUAACCCACUAGUGACAAGCCCAUGCCUCGAAUAUACUCCAUUGACUACAACCCUCUGUUGCCUGUCACUCAGCCACUGCCUUACCCAUUCAACAAUAUUAGAAUCUAAACUUAAAGAUUGCAGUUUAUUGAUAAGCCUUCUAUGUGCAACAGUGUCAAAAGCCUUACUGAAAUCUAGGUAAGCAAUGUCUACUGCACCACCCUGAUCUAUAAUUUGUUACCCAAUCAAAAAAAAAUCAAUAACAUCAGUUUGGCAUGAUCUCCCUGAAGUAAACCCAUGUUGUCUCUGAUCUUGAAAUCCAUGUGAUUUUAGAUGUUCAACAAUCCUAUCCUUUAACAUGGUUUCCAUUACUUUCCCCACUACUGAAGUAAAGCUUAAUGGCCUACAGUUGCCCGACUCAUCCCUACUACCUUUCUUGUGAAAGGGCACAACAUUCGCUAACUUCCAAUCUUCUGGGACUACUCCUGUUAACAAUGAUUGGUUAAAUAAAUCUGUUAAUGGUUUUGCUAGUACACCACUGUCAGGAAUGGAUGGGAUCCUACACACAGAGUGUAAUAAAAAUGUAAUGUUACCGGACCUUCAGAAUGGCCGGGUUGGCGUCACAAGGACAGAGAAUAAACGGGUACGAGCCGAGGUCAGGGAAGCCAAAAAUAAAGAACAAUGAGGGUACAUGAGCCGAAUCAAAGGGUAAUAGAAAGAAGGGUAGUCAAACAAGCCAAAGUCAAAACCAAGAAUACACUACUAAAGUACAACGUGCUAUUGGGACUAAAUAGAACCACAACAGGUCAAUGAGUCUAGUUCAGAAGUUCCCCUAUAUAGUGUUCUUUCAUUUGUAGCCACGCCCCCAAAGUGGUUGAAUUUGAACGUUUUGGGGGUAGUGGUGUCAUCAGCGUCAUGACGUCGACAUGUACAUGCCGCGUCAUAAAAAGGGGCCGAGUUAUUGCGGCUGGCAUGAGGAUUACUGGAAACAGUAGGAGAAUGUCUGUCUGAACAGGUCCCCAGCUUCCUGUAAGAAGACUUCAGUGUGUGGCACAUCCAGUGCCCACACAAGAGGUACCAUGACAACCACUAAGCUCUUUUAAAAACAUUGGGUGUAUUCCAUCAGGUCCAAUUGACUUAUUUGUCUUUACUUUUGACAGUUGAAAUAGAAUCUCUUCCUCUUUAAACUCACAUGUAGCAAAUUACUAAUUUGGCCUUUUUUUCCCCCCCUAACUGAGGCCCCUUUCCUUCAUUUUCAUCUGUAAAUACGGACCAAAAAUAUUAAUUUAGGCAGUCAGCUAGAUCUUUAUCCUCUUCUACAUACAUUCCUUCUUUUAUUUUUAAUCUAACUAAUCUGUGUUUUACUUUCCUUUUCUCAUUUAUGUAUCUAAAAAAUGUUUUGUCCCCCCCCCCCCUUUUUUAACUGACUGCUAUUUUCUCUUCUCUCUGUGAUUUGGAAGCUCUUCUAACUUGCUUAGCCUCUUUCAGCCUAAUCUUAUAGAUCCGGUCACUCUGUGUUUUUUUAUUUGUUUUUUUAUAAUAACUAAAUGCUAACUUUUUGUUUUUGUUUUUUUACUAUUUUGGCCACAUCUGCCGAGUACCACAGUGGUUUCUUGAACUUUUUGCUUUUACUGACAAGCCUAAUGCAAUUUUAAGUUGUCUUCAACAGUGCAACUUUUAAAUAAUGCAAUUUCUCUUGGACUCCAUUUAAAUUGCUCCAGUCUGAUAAUGACUUCUUUACACAUAUUCCAAUUUUGAAAAAAGUCUGGUUUUCUAAAGUCUAAUACUUGUGUUUUUGUGUGGUGGGACUCAGUCACUGUUCUUAUAUUAAACCACACUGACUGAAGAUCACUGGACCCUAAACUUUCACCUAAAGUAAUAUCUGAUACCAAAUCUCCAUUUAACACUAAAUCUAGUAUGGCCUCUUUACGAGUUGGAUCCUCAACGACUUGUUUUAGAGACAAUACCAGUAGGGGGUUUAGAAUAUGUGUGCUUCUGGCACAAGCAGCUAGUUUGGUUUUCCAAUUCACAUCAGGAAGAUUAAAGUCACCCAUGAUAAUAACUUCCCCCUUUAUUGUCAUUUUAGCUAUUUCCUCAACUAUUAGAUGAUAUAACUCUUCUAUUUGUCCUGGGGGCCUAUAAAUCACACCUACACGAGUUACUGUGUGAUUACCAAAUUCUGACGUAACCCAAAUGGACUCUAUGUUUGCCUCACUAACUUUUAUUAGGCUAGAUUUUAUGCUAUCCUUCACAUACAUGGCCACCCCUCCCCCUUUCUUGCCUUCCCUGUCUUUUCUAUAUAAAGAGUACCCUGGUAUUGCUCUGUCUCAGUCAUUUUUCUCCUUAUUACCAUGUCUCAGUAACAGCGACUAAAUCUACAUUAUCAGUUGCCAUUAUUGCCACAGUUCAUGGAUCUUAUUCCCUAAACUGCGAGCAUUUGUAGUCAUGACUCUAAGCUUAUCCUUUUUUAACACAUUUGCUACAGGCACCUUCUGUUGUCCUUGUUUUGGGGGACAAUUGGAUUGAUAUUUUUGCCCCCUCCUCCUAGUUUAAAUACAUCCUAGCAAAACCUCUGAACUGCUCACUGAGAACAUUUGUUCCCUUUUAAAAAGAUGCAAACCAUCUUUUUUUGAACAGUUUAUUUCCAUUCCAAACAGAGCUACCAGCAAACCCAGGAAAUAUGUUGUAAAGUACACAGAGUACACGCCUACUUCACUAAACUAAAUGCAAACAUUCCGUUUACUGGUACCAAUAUGUAUACGCCUCUGCGUAUGCGACCGGAUGGUUUCGUAAUAAUAUGCUUGAUGUCCGCUUAUACAAUGUAACGACAAUAAAAACCUAUUUAAAACAAACAGAGCUACCAUGAAAAUUGAAGCCAAAUCCUUGCUCCCGACACCAUUCACCAAGCCACAAGUUAAAGUCCCUAAUACACAUCCGCCUGUCGUUCUGAGUGUUAUGCACAGACAGAACUUCAGAGAAUGACAGUGUGGAAGCAACCUGCCGUGUAUCAUUGGCAAAAACACUAAAAAUUUCCUUUAGCUUUGAAACCUCAUUGCAAGCCAAGUCAUUUGUCUUUAGAUGGACAAAUACAUCCAAUUCCCCUUCCUGCUUUGCUCGCUUAACAAUAUUACAAAUAUGUCUCCUGUCUCUGUGAGCAGUAGCUCCGGGAAGACAUCUCUCAAGACCACCAUUGUCCAUCUCUACACCUCUUUUGAUAGAAUGCCCCAACAACAACUGCUUUCUAUUAGGCCUCAGCAUAGUCUCCAAGCCUGUCUCCACAACACCACAAGGUUUGGUAAUCUCUUGGUGGGCAGUCCAACUCUGGCGUCAGAGUCCUGGCUAGGGGAUUCUGGAUUUUGCACCCCCUCUGCUGGGAAGCCCUAAUGUGGCAGCCUGUGCCACCUUACAGUCUAGCUGGGUCUGACAUACACACACUCAUGCAAAGAUACAUGUAGAAACACACAGGAACUGACAAACUUGAAUAGACACACAUGCAUGAAAAUACAGAGUUAUACAGACGUACGCAUACAAAAACAAUAGUUUGCCAAACCAGCGCAAUAGCUACAAAAAUGCAUAAAGGCAUACACACACACUACUGUUUAGCCUUCAUCAUUGGAGGUAUCUGGUGGUUAAGCUAUAAUAAAAGAAAUUAACAUGCACACUUUGGCACAACGGACCAGUGUAUGCCUCUUUUAAAGUAACAUUUAGCAUUUCUGGCCCCCUAAGUUUUUAUCAUGUGUGCCAAAGCAAUUGACAGUGUUUAAAGGUUAAAUUGACAUUUAGUUUUAUUGAUUAACGUAAGCUUCUCUAAAUUUUAACGAGUGACUUCACUAUCAGCAUGUGAUGUGUCUUUAGCAAAUACUAAUUCAUAGUACAGGUGGCCGCUGUUAAGUGUGUUAAACUGGAUACUGCCUUGGCGUGGCCACAGUGUCAUUAUUUGCAAAAGGUGUUUUGAAGUGAACGGCAGAGGUUUAUUCAUGCAUCACUUAUUUUAAAGAGAGAGGAAUGUCAAUAUUUUAAAACCAUAUUUGAUAUGCCAACAUAGACAUUUUGCUUGCAAUUUUCACUGCACAUUUAUUAAUGUUUUAGUAUAAUGGUUUGAAUUUGAAGUAUCAUGUGUGAUGUACUGGUUAUUCCCAGCGCAUCAGCCCCUAUUUCUUGCAAAGUCUGCAUGGCGCCUUGAAAUUCGUCUGACAUAUGUUUUCAGUGUAUGAGUAAAGUUUAUUUGCUCUGUACAUGCAAUAUAUAGGCAUACAUACCUUGUGUAUUAAAAUGAGACUUUGGUUGGGGCUAGUGACAGUGACGUGUGGUUGCAGGUGCUUCUGAAAAGGGAAGUGCAAACAUGAUGUACAUGCACAUUAGAUUGACAUGCGAUCCUGCCAGCCAUCUAAAUAGGGCUGCACAUGCACAGUGCAAAGCAAGAUUUCUCAACAGCACAGGGUUGUAAAACAGAAGGCACAAAAUCUAUAUUUACUUAUAAUGAUGAUCCUUUUUGUAUUGUGCUACACAGUGUUUAAAGAUUAUUUUAGAAAAGGAAUCCCGUUUAGUCAUUAUUAGAUCCCGUUUAGUAAUUAUUAAACGGGUAUACCUUCAUAACUUCCUUUUCUCCUUGUAUAGGUUUUUUGAUAUUCGGAUUAACUCUUAAUUUUUUUCUUACUGUUUCAGUAAUUUGCACACAAAAACCCCACAAAAAAACAAACCCACUGAAGCUUUAAUCCUGCUUGACAACUCUAGCUUCCCCCUGACCAUCAAAGUGCUGUUAUGUCAUGCACAUGCCAUACUAGUCUCUUUUAAGUCAUAUAUAUUUUAGGUAAUACAAAGACCGUUCUGUGUACGUCUUAUCACCAAGAAAAGGGAGCUCAAGGGAAUCUUUAUGGUUAGAGGAUAGAGAAUGGCAUGUCCUGCAUGGAAAUGUUAUUUAUUUUUGCUGUGAAGGUAAAUACUGUUUGAAUUUCAAUACCAGGCAAAGUUGUCUUAGUGGAAAGGUUAGAUACCUUCCUGAAUACUUCAUUAGCUAAACUGUGAAAUUACACAAAAUGCAAAGAAUGUCCUUUCAGCCCAUGUAAGAGUAAGAAAUGCUUUGCUAAAUGUCAUAUUUUACAAAUAUGCACAGAACGUACUUCUGUCCUCAAUCAGUUGGUAGUCUAUUUUAACACAGUUUCAACCUAAUGUAAGCAUUGUUCAAAGCUUAAAGUGCACCUGCCAUGCGCCUUUGUUAAUAAUUCAAUUGUAAUUGUACUUUUUGCUAAGCAAACUUACAUUCAUUAUUAAAUGUGUAUAUGAAAUGGUAUUCAUUCUUAUCAUAUAAACAUAUGCAGCAGUGAAUUUAUUCCACAGCAUAGUGUAGGCAGAAAACUAAUAUAUAUCAUUUGGUUAUAUAGUAUUUUUUUUUUUUUUAUUGUGUUCUUAACCCAUCCUUUUCAUAUUGAAAAAAGAAACUUCAAAUUCACUUCAUCAUUUUAUUUUAAUUCUCUUUUUUUGCACAAUAACAUUAGCAAGUGUUAGUAUUUUUUGAGGUGGUGUCUCUGGCCUGAGAGCCAAAACAAAACAGACUUGGUGCACGUUAAUAAAGUAUGCAUGCAGGUCUAAGUGGGUUGCCAAAUACAUUAAUGUUAAAGGGACACUACAGUCACCAAAACAAAUUUAACUUAAUGAAGCAGUUUUGCUGUGUAGGUCAUGCCCCUACAGUCUCACUGUUCAAUCCUCUGUCAUUUAGGAUUUAAAUUACUUUGUUUAUGAACCCUAGUCACACCUCCCAGCAUGUGACUUACACAGCCUUAACACUGUAAAGAGUCAUCUAAUGUUUACACUUCCUUUAUUGCACAUUGUUUAAUUUAGAAUUUAUCUCCUGCCCUGUUAAUACAGGGAGUGCAGAAUUAUUAGGCAAAUGAGUAUUUUGACCACAUCAUCCUCUUUAUGCAUGUUGUCUUACUCCAAGCUGUAUAGGCUUGAAAGCCUACUACCAAUUAAGCAUAUUAGGUGAUGUGCAUCUCUGUAAUGAGAAGGGGUGUGGUCUAAUGACAUCAACACCCUAUAUCAGGUGUGCAUAAUUAUUAGGCAACUUCCUUUCCUUUGGCAAAAUGGGUCAAAAGAAGGACUUGACAGGCUCAGAAAAGUCAAAAAUAGUGAGAUAUCUUGCAGAGGGAUGCAGCACUCUUAAAAUUGCAAAGCUUCUGAAGCGUGAUCAUCGAACAAUCAAGCGUUUCAUUCAAAAUAGUCAACAGGGUCGCAAGAAGCGUGUGGAAAAACCAAGGCGCAAAAUAACUGCCCAUGAACUGAGAAAAGUCAAGCGUGCAGCUGCCACGAUGCCACUUGCCACCAGUUUGGCCAUAUUUCAGAGCUGCAACAUCACUGGAGUGCCCAAAAGCACAAGGUGUGCAAUACUCAGAGACAUGGCCAAGGUAAGAAAGGCUGAAAGACGACCACCACUGAACAAGACACACAAGCUGAAACGUCAAGACUGGGCCAAGAAAUAUCUCAAGACUGAUUUUUCUAAGGUUUUAUGGACUGAUGAAAUGAGAGUGAGUCUUGAUGGGCCAGAUGGAUGGGCCCGUGGCUGGAUUGGUAAAGGGCAGAGAGCUCCAGUCCGACUCAGACGCCAGCAAGGUGGAGGUGGAGUACUGGUUUGGGCUGGUAUCAUCAAAGAUGAGCUUGUGGGGCCUUUUCGGGUUGAGGAUGGAGUCAAGCUCAACUCCCAGUCCUACUGCCAGUUCCUGGAAGACACCUUCUUCAAGCAGUGGUACAGGAAGAAGUCUGCAUCCUUCAAGAAAAACAUGAUUUUCAUGCAGGACAAUGCUCCAUCACACGCGUCCAAGUACUCCACAGCGUGGCUGGCAAGAAAGGGUAUAAAAGAAGAAAAUCUAAUGACAUGGCCUCCUUGUUCACCUGAUCUGAACCCCAUUGAGAACCUGUGGUCCAUCAUCAAAUGUGAGAUUUACAAGGAGGGAAAACAGUACACCUCUCUGAACAGUGUCUGGGAGGCUGUGGUUGCUGCUGCACGCAAUGUUGAUGGUGAACAGAUCAAAACACUGACAGAAUCCAUGGAUGGCAGGCUUUUGAGUGUCCUUGCAAAGAAAGGUGGCUAUAUUGGUCACUGAUUUGUUUUUGUUUUGUUUUUGAAUGUCAGAAAUGUAUAUUUGUGAAUGUUGAGAUGUUAUAUUGGUUUCACUGGUAAUAAUAAAUAAUUGAAAUGGGUAUAUAUUUGUUUUUUGUUAAGUUGCCUAAUAAUUAUGCACAGUAAUAGUCACCUGCACACACAGAUAUCCCCCUAACAUAGCUAUAACUAAAAACAAACUAAAAACUACUUCCAAAAAUAUUCAGCUUUGAUAUUAAUGAGUUUUUUGGGCUCAUUGAGAACAUGGUUGUUGUUCAAUAAUAAAAUUAAUCCUCAAAAAUACAACUUGCCUAAUAAUUCUGCACUCCCUGUAGCUUGCUGGACCAUGCAGGAGCCUCCCGUAUGGAAUUAAAGUUCGAUUUACAGAGCAGGAGACAAAAACUUUGAAAGUAAAUUACAUUUUUGAAAAUUAAAUUUUGUUUUCAUGCAGGCUGUGUGAAUCACAGCCAGGGGAAGUGUAUCUAGGGCUGCAUGGACAGAAGCAAAAGUGAUUUAACUCCUAAAUGGUAGUUUAUUGAGCCGUGGAACUUCAGAGGCAUGAUUCUUUACAAAAAACUGCUUCAUUAAAGUUGUCUAGGUGACAAUAGUGUCCUUUUAAUGUAUAUUUGAGCAAUAUAUGCACCUAGAAUUUAUAUUGCCCAAAGCAUGAAGUUUCAGAUUCCUGGCAGCCUGUUUUUUUUUUUUCUUUUUUUUUUCAUUUCUCCCUUUUGAGGACUGCUCCGGGUAUGCAGAGCAUUGUUGGGUCAUCUUGCUCCAUUACCUAAAUCAUACAGUGCAAAUGGUGCUCUGUGGCGUAUUUUACAGUCGACUUAUCCAGCCUAUUACGUCACACCAUAUGUUCAUAUUACAGUAGGGUUGCAACUUGCGACCUCAUAUCACAACACCAGUGUGCAUGCAUGAGUUCUACACUUAGAUCCAUAGACAAUGCAUUUUCCCCUCCUCUGUCACUUAUGAUGGAUGGGGUAAGGGCCAAAACUUGACAUUGGCUUCUCCUUUUGUCAAGUUUUGUCAUGCAUAGUAAAUCUAAAUUUGUCUUACUAUAUCUUCAGUAUAAUUUCAGUGAAAUUCCAACACAAGGUUUUUAUCAUUAUGAAAUACACAUUUUGGAUUGAGGGGAUUGACAGAGCAGCUUAAAUGUAUCUUUAUGGUAUAGCUUCUUGGUAGCAUUGAAAUUUGUUGUAUUUUUAGAUUGUUACUUGGAAUGUGUGUUGUGUUUUGUGAAAUAUGGUGACAUUACACGUUUACUUUAAGGCGGCAGGGCUUGAAAUAUUUCCAUAGACUCUAAAAGCUAGAAGAAAAAGCUAGGAAACUUUUCCGUACAGGUGUUUUUUUUUUUGUUUGUUUUUUAAACGUUGGUGACAUUUCACACAGAAUAUGCUACUCCAUUAUAUACAUUUAAAAAAUAAAUGUGAGUGGGGGCCUGGGUUGUAAAAGCAUUGCAGGGCUUUCGGGAGGCAUGUGACAAUAUGUAGUGUAAUUUUGAAUUUUUUUAUUUUUUUUUAACUCUCUUUCCUGUGUAAGCCUAUGGUACUCAGGGGAAAAAAGCUAUUUUAAAUAGUCUUGGUUUUUUUAUCAGCUGUUACUGUGUUAAGCAUGUAUUAAAGCAGCGCCGUCUUGCCGAACUUACCUUUCUUUAAUCGAUUCCUCUUCUCUCCCUCUGUCAGGAUCUGCUCUUCAUUUCUUCCUGUCUGUUCUAGUUUUCUUUAAAACAGGGACUACUUUGUCUCAUGGAGGUUUCCUACGCUUGACCAGCAGAGGAGCAAAGUGUGCUUCGUUUCUGCUGAUCAAAGCAAUUUUUCCACAAUUCUUACCUUUGAUCCGUGAUCUUGCGAUGCUUCUGUCAGUAUUGCCGAACGUCCUGGCACUUAAACAGAACGCUGGGGGAAACUACCGAAUUUUGUCCUAACAGAAUGAGAACAGUUUUCUCCAUUUGCAAUUCAGGAAUUUGUUCGGAUCGGAAUUUCCUUUGAAUGAAUGAAAAACUCAGAUUCUAUUCGUGCCGUGGCUGCAUUCUCCAGCCGCUUAGUAGAUAGCUCCCUAAUUCCCACGGUUUUUAGGGAGCUAUCUACCAAAAGGCUGAAAGACCUAAAUUGGUCUUUCAGCCAAAUUUACUAAUACUAAGUAAAGAUGACUUAGUAUUAAUAAAUUCUGCCCCUACUCGCUAUGUUGAGUAGGUGCAUGUAUACUAAACAGUGAGCAGUCUGUGGCUCACUUAAAAAAAAACAAAAAAAAACCUAGUGUCCCCCCUCCCGAGCCCCCACCCAUGCCCUACAAGGGGGGGGUCAUUAAACUGAAGGGGGGGCCUAUUCCCCCGGCCUACACCCCUGAGCGGCGGGUGGGGGCCCUAAAUACCUCUAAGCUACGGGGGGGACCCAAAUUACAGUAAGGGGGGACCUGGGGCCCUAAAUGAAAAUGGGGGGGGAGACAUAUUGUCUUCUCCCACCCAUGAGCUGCGGGUGGGGGCCCAAAAUAAAAAUGAUGGGCAACCUAUUGUCCUACCUGUCCCCCAACAAUAAGUGGCGGGUGGGGGCCCUUAAUGAAAAUGUUAACGCCCCCCCUGGUGACUAGGGGUCCCCAAGCCCAUAGUCACUCCCCACCCAAAAAAAAUAAACCCCUGCCUACCACCCUCAUCUUAAAAAUAGCGAGGGGAGAACAAGAGCACCAAAUACCUGUAAAAACGAAAUAAAACUAACCAUUUGGGGGGGCGGAGCCUGGACUGCAAGCCUGGCAAGACGUGCAUCACACAAGCUCCUGCUGUUAAUGCCGAAUACCCGGUGAUAUCCUGGGCUGGUGACCUCUACUCACGGGGAUUCCCAAGCUGGGGGCACCUAACCCUUCAGGUGGAUACCUUAAUCGACGCCCUGAGGCAACAGGAACCGCAACGGCAGGUUGAGGCCUACGAGACUCAGACCGAGGGGAGAGACGGCCGCUCUCCUUCCGCUGAAUAAAGCUAAGUCAAGCACGACUCCACACCCCCCGCCCCUCUGAACCAGCGGGGGAUAUCCCGGUUCCCCCCUGGAGAGCAGUUAGCUGCAACAACAUUACCCCUGCAGCAGAUCGCACAGACAUCCAUAUUCCCACAAUGGCGGACGCAGCCCGCACGACAACACGUGGCACAGCUGCAACAGAGGGACACUCAGCGACGCCUAUACCUACACAUCGAGGCGGCUGGACCAAAUCUUCCAGGCCUUUUGGCUUACGGUACAAGCCCGUCUGCAAGCCACUGCUCACAGCUCAGUGCCGCGAAAGGGAAACAGGAGAACGAAGCACUCCAGCAUGGUAAAGCCUCCUCAGGACACCAAAUAUAAAACAAUGCUCCCGAGACCUCACUACCGCUCGCCCAGGCGUAGAGCCACACGAGGCAAGUCCUCCAAGCAUCGUCCACGCGGGCGGAGAACCGUGCACCGGCUGAGACAAAUCCUCACUACCUCCGCCACCCCUGAGAUGGGGAAAGACUUGGUCCCUCGACGAAUCCAAGUCUGUGGUUCACAGAUGCCGGCCUUCCUGCAAACACGCCUCACAGUGCCACCAACUCCAGUGAUCCAGCUACCCUACCACCUGAUGGAAUCGGCUAAGCUAGCUUAUGGGACUGACACCGGGCUGGACUUUCUCCUUAACGACCUAAGACACUAUUUUUGUCUUUAAAUGCCAUGCACAAAGUCUUGAGUAUUAUGUUCUUUUUAUAAUUAGCUUAUCAUUUCUGCUAUCUCUCCUCACGCUGUCUAAUGACACUGCAGCGCGGCGUACUACUAAUAAUGCACCCAGGGGUGCACUAACUUGAUAGCAUGUUUACUUACAGUUACACUUGUUUAAAUUAACGUGUCUAGCUAGAAGUCUUAACUCCCAACAAUUAACGAGCAUAACAAAUAUGAUAUACUGUACUUGGCCCUCCUUGCAUUACUCUCGUAGUCAGACAUGACGAUAUAGCUUGAGGCCAUCUUGUUUCUAUAACAUCAUAAAAUGGUAGUCACACCCACUAAUCCAUUACUAAUAUAUAAGCAUGCAUACGUAGACUAACUACACUAUUAAAGUCCUACUCAAGUAUUCCUUGCCUGUUUUCUCUCAUAAAUAUGAAAAAUUUGCUGUAUUACUCUGCUAUGACAAUGUUUACUAUUGAAAUGCCUGUACAAGCUGUCAUGGCGCUACAGGUCUAUCUGUUAUGUUUUCUUAUGCACAAGAAAAAUAAAGAAUAAAAAAAAAAAAAAAACUAACCAUUUGAUGUCUUCUUUUUUCUAAAAUCUUUUUUCAGACCCAAAAAAGGCCAAAUAAAAGUCCAUAAUACCUGUUGCCCAAAACCUGACGAAAAAAUAAUAAACCAGAUGCUAAAAAAUAAUCCAUCUUCACCCAUGGAGGGCGUGGCACAGAAUGAGCUCCGCAGGGCGGGGAAAGGCUCAUAGUGCUCUUACCUGUUCAGACAGGUAAAUGAAGAGACUGACCGGCAAGUCUCUAAAUUUACCUGUCAUAGCACUCUGGUUGGCUUGAAAUCCAACCAAUCAGAGGGCUCUGUCUCAUUUUACACAGCGUGGGAAAGUUCUUUGGAAUUUUCCCAUGUUGUGUAAUUUGAUUCAUAACAACACUCUGGUUGGUUGCUAUCAAACAACCAAUCAGAGAGUUAUGAGUCAAAUUACACGAAUAGGAUUGGAGUUUCAUUCAUUUGAAUAAAAUUCCGAUCUAAACAAAGUCCCGAAUUGCGUCCUAACACGAAUUGACAAAGUGUUCUCAUUCUGUUAGGACGAAAUUCAGUAGUUUCGCCGGCGUUCUGUCUAAGUGAAUACUGACAGGAAGCAUUGCGAGGUCACGGAUGAAAGGUGAGAAUUGUGGGGAAAUUGCUUUGAUCUCACACACACUCUCUCUCUCUGGCACACACUCUCUCUCACUCUCUCUCUCUCACACUCAGGUCAUGUAGUUUGCAUACAGACUUGCCCACAUUUGUACAUACAAAACUGUAUGUUUAUAAAUAAAGUAAAUUUUACUAAAUGGCAAAUACACACUUUUAGUUUUUCUUUUAAUUUAUGUGCAAUGAUUAUCUGGAUUGGGGGGCUGCCCAAAGUUCCUCUAUGUUAAAAACAUUGAGUUCAUUGUAGUGGUUAUUUUGCAAAGAGACGUUGUUUGCGGUCUUCUUGGUUUGUGACAGUCUGAUCCUAUUUCUGUGCAAUGGUGGACAGAGAGAACUUGCAGUGUAUUGGGGUCAAUGCUCGCAGUCUUUUUUUUUAUUUUUUUUUUAUGAAACCACUCACACCAUUUGACGCCAACUGUAAGGGCCACAGCCACUACAGUCUGUUGCAGUAGUUAUGAUGCAGGGAUGCUACUCGUGUUAUCACUUGGUUCUGUAUUGGACUGUUAGCAAGUGGUUUGACACAAGCACCAACAGUCCUUGUUAAUGGGGCAGUGUUGUUUCUGCAUUAGCUGUGCCAUUUUUGUCUUUCCUUCUUAUUUAAGUAGAUAUGUUAAUUAUUUGCUCGUUCUUCUCCUCUUUGAAUUUCCAAAGCAUUCACAAUAUCGCAUAGUAUAAAGCCAAAUCUUUCGAAAACUUGCUAUUUGCCACCAGCUAUCUGAAGUGGACCUUGCUUCAAUCUUUUGCAUCUUCUGCAUUAGAAGAUUUAUAAAUGUUGUUGUAAACUUUUUCUUAAGUUCUUUUUGUAUGUUCUUGCACAUGCGUGAGAGUGCAACACUGACCCAGCUAUGGCUAGUGCUGAAUUUGAAGAUCCAGCAGUCCUGAGUUUGUGAUCUCUGCCUCAGAUUCCUCAGUAGAAAAACAAGAGAAAUCUGAUGUCCUUUUCAUAGGAACACUCCAGACCCCUAAAGGUCUUUACCUUGCUGAAAAUCGUUGUGUGUGAAGACUAAUAUUUCAAUAGAAAUUUACACUUUUCUAAAUGAACCUGGUUACACCCUCUUGAUUUUCAAGCAGACAACUUUUCCUGUUAAUUUAUGGUUUGGUUAGCUCAGUGGAGCUAAAUUCAAGAGGGGAGGCAAUUGCCCAGAGAACCUGCCUUGCAAUGACUCCUCAUCAAGCUGUAUUGUGUAGUCUGUGAUUGGACAGCCACAGAAAGCAUGGGCUGAGUUAGAAGAGGAGGGCUGGUAAAGGCAGCAGACAAGAUCUGCAGCUUUUGCAUGCUAUUUUUAAAUACAACCCUAUGAAAAAAAUGCAUAAUUAAUUGCAUAUAUAGGUCCAUUCGGGGUAUAUCUACUGAAUAGUGAUUAUUUUGUGUUUGGCAGUGUCUGCAUGUAUUUGCAUGUAUUUAUUGUAGCCAACACUGAGGUGAACUGGCAACGUUUCUACCUAUUCAGGCUUAAGCAAGAUCCAGAAGGGCUUUUAAUAAAGGGUAGCUGAAGAACCUUAAGGGACACUAUAGUCACCCAGACCACUUUGCCUUAAUUAAGUAGCUCUUGGUGCAGUGUCCUUAUCCUUUUAACCCUACUAUGGGGGUAAAGUCCAUCUCUAGUGGCUGUCAUACUGAUGUUUCUGCUGCACUGACUGAGUAAAGUUUGGGCACACGAUGCACAAGCCCCAUAGGAAAGCGUGUGAUUGAAUGCGCAUCGUACUUGCAACGCUUGCACAUUAGGUCCCCAAUAAAGCUUUGUAUUCCUAACGCUAUAGUAUUCCUGUAAGAGGACAUCUGAUCUCAAACACAGGAAGACACUAAUCAAUUGAUCUUGAACGCUAUGCUGUUACCUUGAUUACCUCUGCUGCAUUCCAUAACCUUUUGAUACCGUUACUGCUUGCGAAUACUCUGGGUACCUAUCCUGUACGCCAUUACCUUAUGACUACUGCAUGUCAUUUCUUUAUGUACCUGUCCUGUUUCUUGUUACCUGGUUGUCUGUCCGUUCUGAUACCUUGGGAAAAGUAACUUACACGACUUUAGUAAAUAACCUUAUUUCUAGUGUUGCAAUCAUACAGUUGAAGCUGUUAAGUGGGUGUGUUUUGUUACACUAUCUUGUCUGGCAUUAAGUGACUCAGUAUUAUACCCUACUCUAAGUUCUCUUGCAAUUGUAUUGUAUGCUGUUACUUUGCGUGUAAAUAUCUCACCCUCCUCUUUGUGCUACUAUGGCAUUGUCACCCCAAUAUUUGUGUCAUUUUGUCACAGACUCGUAUUAGAUGGGUUUUCUAUAAGAUCACCUUUUCUUGACAUGUUACUGUAUGUCCUGUGUGAUAUUACAGGGAAGCUGUGCAGUGGUACAUAUAAUAUUUAUCUACAGUGUGUUUCAGUGAAUAGGUUUCAUUGCACGUUCCUGUCUGGCUGUACACUCCUCGAUCCCACACAGCUACACUUGUUCAGUGCAGGCAGCCAUGUCUUGUGUGGGCUGAAUCCCUCCCUGCCAUGUAAUUAGCACCCUGCUCCUCACACACUGACAGCCCCUUGGCAUUGCCACAGAAACUGCACAGACAUACCCUAUAUUUGGGAAUACUGUGUGCCUCAGCAUCAGCAGCCAAUGUGUGCAGCUUUGUGUUUAAUUUUUGAUGUAUGCAGUUUUUGUGUGUGUGUGUGUGUGUGUGUAUAUAUAUUUAUAUUAAAGCAGUUAUUUUGUCUUUGUGUAUCGAUAUGUGUGUUUAAUACAUGUAUACAUGCAUAUAUUCAUGGAAAUGUAACAUUAAGGUCUUGUUCUUUGAUAUAUUAAAGGAAUACCAAAUCACUAAAUUUACAAUGGUCCUUAUAACCUAUGUUUUACACAUUAUUUUUCAUAGUUGAUCUUCACCUUGACCUAAAAUCUUCUAGGCGGAGGAGAUAACUUGUGAUCAGGGUUCAGCGUAAUCCCUAAUAUUCUAGAGUAGCGGUUCUCCUUUUCUUAAAGCACACUUUAAUAAUAGAAAUAUUUUGAAGGCUCACUUACUACUAGAGCUUAACUGGUUGUCUACUGUUUUAUAAUUCUUUCAAAUUAUUAGCAUUAUCAUUUAGUGUUAAAAUUGAAUUGUAUGAAUAUUUAUUGAAAAAGACACUGCUAAAUUAAACUGUAAACCUCUGAAUUUUAAGAAUUAAAUAAAAACAAAUUUCCUUUUAACAAAACAAUAUAACAAUGUUUGGACGAGCUCUUUUAAUAUCUGCACAGGGCAGUUAAGGUGCUUGCCCUGCUUAGAGUGCCACCUACAUUUGGUCUACACAGAGACAUUUACAUGUACAGAUGAACUCACAAAUAUCCUUACCUAGACACUCUUACAACACUCCCAGACACAGUCUUAAAAACCACUCUCAGACAUACUGUUACAGACACCCACACACAAUCACACGCUGCAGGUAAAAUAUACACAUCCCAGCAUAUUUUGCAGCUUUCAUAAAUCUUGCUCCUUCUCUCCUCUCCCUGCCAGGAUAAUGCAAAGCUGCCAACCCAGCACAAUAGUGCAGGAGCUAAGGACUUAACCCCCUUCAUACUGGUCUGGUCAGCUUUAGUUUGAAUCUUUUUAAAAGAGGAGUUUGAGCUGCUGCUUGGCACUAUGAUUAAAUGAGCAUGUAUUUGUCUCUGUGAAAAUGGCUGUGUAAAUGUCUGGACAUGUGCAGCAAUUAUGUAUUUGUUCAAUAGAGCACUUGGAAAGUGAACAUACUAAAGGUUCAUCAUUUUUUGUUUGGAGGUGCCAAGCUCAGCCAUCGAAAAUAUAAAAAUAUAGUAUGUUUCUCACAGAAAGACUGUGUUGUCUUUAACUAGAAAUUGUUGCUUUCUGUAAAAACCCAAAGGUGUUCAAUGGGGUUGAGGUUUGUGUGAGCCAGUCAAAUUCUUCCACACCAAACUCCUCCAACCACAUCUCUAUGGACCUUGCUUUGUGCACUGGGGUACAGUCAUGCUGCAAUAGAAAAGGGCCUUCCCAAAACUGUUACCACAAAGUUGAAAGCAUAGCAUUGUCUGACAUGUCUUGGUGUGCAGAAGCAGUAAGAUUUCUCUUCACUGGAGGUAAGAGGCUUAGACCCGGCCCCAUACCAUCAUCCCUCCACCAAACUUUAUUGUUUGCACAAUAUAGUCAGACUGGUAACGUUUUCCUGGCAUCGACCAAACCCAGACUAGCCUACUAGACUGCGAAACAGAAGUGUGGUUCGUCACUCCACAGGACCUGUUACCACUGCUCCAGAGUCUAGUGACAGUGUGCUUUGCACCACUGGAUCCAAAGCUUGGCAUUGUACUUGGUGAUAUGAGGCUUGCAUGCAGCUGCUCGGCCAAUGGAUACCCAUUCCAUGAAGCUCCCACCAGAUAGUUUUUGUGCUGAUAUUAAUGCCAGUGGAAGUUUGGAACUCUUUAGUUAUGGAAUCAGCAGAGCCCUGGCAACUUUAACGCACCAUACGCGUCAGCACUUGGUGACCCCGCUCUGUGACCUUACAUGGUUUCCACUUCAUGGCUGAGUUGCUGCUGCUGCUCCUAAACACUUUCCAUUUUCCAAUAAUACCACUUACAGCUGACCAUGGAAUAUCCUAGCAGGGAUGAAAUUUUACAAACUGACUUAUUGCACUUGUGGCAUCCUAUCACAGUACAACUCUUAACCCCUUAAGGACGGCUCUAAACGGCGUGGGGGCGGCAUAGCACGUCCCUGCUGUCCUAUUUACUUACCCGGUCGCCGGGGAUCGCUGUGGGGGGACUCACCUGGCAUCCCAGGGAGUCCCCCUGCUCCCGUUCUGGCCCUCCUGGGCUAUGUGAUCACCAGCAGGGGGAGUGCCUUUAAUGACAGGUACUCCCCUUGCAGCCUGUAAAAAAACCAACAACAAAAAAAACAACAGUUUAAAAUUAAAUUAUAUAUACUUAGAUUAUAUAUUUUAUAUCUGAUUUAAGUAUAUGUAUGUACAUACAUACAUACACGGUCUAAGUGUAUUUUAAUUAUAUAUAUAUGUGUGUGUGUGUGUGUGUGUGUGUGUAUGUAUGUAUACAUAUAUAUAAUAUAUAUUAAAAUACACGUAGAAUGAUAUUGAAUAUAUAUAUAUAUAUAUAUAAUAUGAAAUAAAUAUAUAUGUAAAUACGUUAAAAUAAUAUUUCUAAGUAUAUAUUUAUGAAUUACAUAAUUAGGUCAUUUUAUAAAUUACAGUUUGUGGAACCUGCCUGACAACACAGGCCAAAAGUCCAGGGAAUUUAAUUUGCAAGCACUAUAUUUAACCCUGUAACUUUCCAAGACACCAUAAAACCUAUACAUGGGGGGUACUGUUUUACUCGGAAGACUUGGUUGAACACAAAUAUUCCAUACAGUAAAAUGUAUUACAACGAUGAUAUCGUCAGUGACAUGUUUUACAUUUUUCACACACAAAUGGCACUUACACGGGCGAUAUAAUUGUUGUGAUACGUUUUACUGUUUUGAAACACUUGUGUUCAGCGAAGUCUCCUGAGUAUAACAUGUACAGGUUUUAUGGUGUUUUCAAAAGUUAGUCAAAUAUAAGGCUUGCGUUUCAGUUUUUUCACAUUGAAAUUCGCCAGAUUGGUUAUGUUGCAUUUGAGACCGUAUGGUAGCCCAGGAAUAAGAAUUACCCCCAUGAUGGCAUACCAUUUGCAAAAGUAGACAACCCAAGGUAUUGCAAAUGGGGUAUGUCCAGUCUUUUUUAGUAGCCACUUGGUCACAAACACUGGCCAAAAUUAGCGUUCAAAUUAGUUUUUUGCAUUUUUAACACAAACAAAUAUUAACACUAACUUUGGCCAGUGUUUGUGACCAAGUGGCUACUAAAAAAGAAUGGACAUACCCCAUUUGCAAUACCUUGGGUUGUCUACCAUUGCAAAUGGUAUGCCAUCAUGGCGGUAAUUCUCAUUCCUGGGCUACCAUACGGUCUCAAAUGUAACGUAACCAAUCUGGCGAAAUUCAAUGCGAAAAAACUGAAAAAUGUAACAUGCUAUAUUUGACCCUGUAACUUCCCAAAACACCAUAAAACCUGUACAUAGGGGGUACUGUUUUACACGUGAGACAUCGCUGAAUAUAAAUAUGUGUAUUUUAUUGUAGUAAAAGGAAACAGUAUUAUGACAUUCACAGUUAAAAUGUGAUGUAGAACAAAAUUUUUUUUUUAAAUUCUUCUUUUCUCCCAUUUUUUAAAAUAUUUUAUUCAUAUUAAAUUGUUUCAUACCUAAAUAUUUGAUGUUAAAUGAAAGCCCUGUUUCCCCUGAAUAAAAAUGCUAUGUAAUAAGUGUGGGUGCACAUAAUAUGAAAGAGAUGAAUUACGCCUGAACAGACAUAUAGCGCAAAUUCAGGAUUUUGUUUUAAUCACAACGUGUACAUUUGGCUCAGUCCUUAAAGGACCACUCUAGGCAACCAGACCACUUCAGCUUAAUGAAGUGGUCUGGGUGCCAGGUCCUUCUAGGGUUAACCCAUUUUUUCAUAAACAUAGCAGUGUCAGAGAAACUGCUAUGUUUAUCAAUGGGUUAAGCCUUCCCCUAUUUACUCUAGUGGCUGUCUCAUUGACAGCCACUAGAGGCGCUUGCGUGCUUCUCACUGUGAUUUUCACAGUGAGAGCACGCCAGCGUCCAUAGGAAAGCAUUAUGAAUGCUUUCCUAUGUGACCGGCUGAAUGCGCGCACAGCUCUUGCCGCGCGUGCGCAUUCAGCCGACGGGGCGGAUCGGAGGAGGAGAGGAGGCAGUGAGCUCUCCGCCCAGCGCUGAAAAAAGGUAAGUUUAACCCCAUUUCCCCUUUCCAGAGCCGGGCGGGAGGGGGACCCUGAGGGUGGGGGCACCCUCAGGGCACUAUCGUGCCAGGAAAACAAGUAUGUUUUCCUGGCACACUAGUGGUCCUUUAAAGCGGUACUGUCAUGCCGAACUUACCUUUCUUUAAUCGAUUUCUCGUCUCUCAGGAUCUGUUCUUCAUUUCUUCCUGUCUGCUCUAGUUUUCUUUAAAAUAUAAGACAAAGUAGCGACUAUUUGUCUUAUAGAGGUUUCCUACGCCUGACCAUCUCUGACCAGCGGAGGAGCAAAGUGUGCUUCAUUUCCGGUGGUCAGAGAAAUUUUCCCACAGUUCUUAGCUUUCUUCCCGGUUCCCUUGAUGCUUCCUGUCAGUAUUCCCGAACGUCCUGUCAUUUAGACACGACGCCGGCAAAACUGCAGAAUUGCAUCCUAACAGAAUGAGAACAGUUAGUUAAUUCAUGUUAGGACGCAAUUCGGGACUUUGUUCGUAUCGGAAUUUCAUUCUUCAUUUGCUUAGUAGAUAACUCCCUAAUUCCCAGGGUAUUAGGGAGCUAUCUACCAAAAGGCUGAAAGACCUAAAUUGGUCUUUCAGCCACAUUUAAGUAACGUUGACUUAGUAAAUAAUCUGCCCCUACUCGCUAUACCACGAGUAGGGGCAUGUCUACUAAAUAGUGAGCAACCUGACGCUCAGGGGUGGGGGCAUUGGGUCCCCCCUCAUUUUCUGACGAAUGAAUGGAUGGAUGAAAUUCUCGUUUGCAUGCCUAGGUGUUUAAGUGGGCACGUGCGGGAAUUUCACAGCGCUAUCUAGUGUGGGCAGAUGACCCACAGGGACUUAAUCUACCCACAGAAAGAUGGCGGCGCCCUGAACAUAGGUCCGGCACAAAAUAAAGAUUAAAAAUAGGUAAUAUGGGGAGUUUAGUGGCACUUGGGGGUGACUAGGGGGUCAGUUAGAUGUAGUGGAGUCGGGAGGGGGGUUAAAAAAAAAAAAAGUGAUUCGGCCAUGACCGUGCUGCUUUAAGGUGUUAAUUCACUGAGCUCUUCAAAAUGGUCCUUUUGUUUCUCAAAUGUUUAGAAAUGCAGACUGCAUGACUAGGUUCUUGAUUUUUAUACACUGAUUGAUUUUAUGUCAAUAUGUCUGAUUUAAACACUUGAAUUCAAUAAUUAAAAAGUAUGUUCCAAUACCUCUGCCCGUAUUUUUUUUUUUUUUGGCUACUACAGCCUUUUCUGGUUAACAAAACUAAUCGAUGUACAACAUACAAAAAAAACCUUUCAGGCUAAAUGUGGCAGCUGUGUAUUCUUUAAUUCUGAGACAUAUAUCCCAUGAUGCAAAACUGAGCUGUCCCCUAAUUAACAUAUGAAUGGAAAGUAGCUAUUAACCAGGCAUAGGAGGAAUUCCUGCUAGAAGCUCCAUUUGGAUGCAUUAUUUAUCAAGGUUUCCUCUGAUGAACUGAUGGACUUUAUACUUUCUGGUGUAAAACCAGAUGCUCGCUGUAGGGUGCAUACAGUAUACAUAACAUUUAUACAAUAUGAAUAUAUAUAUAUAUAUAUAUAUAUAUAUAAUGUUUGUCUUUGUUCUCUAUUUCAGUAGAAUACCCUAGGCUGGUCCUGUGGCUUGAGAUUUGAACUAAGGAUGUGCCCAAUGGCAAUGUUUGGGACUGUGGUUUGUGAGGGGUGAAAUGAGUUUGGUCAGCAAUCAAUCAAGUAAGGUGCAAACAUACUGUACCGAUCACUCAGUGCUUAUGGGGCAUUGUAGGAGUAUAUUAAAGGAACACUAUAGUAAAGCUGUGAUUUCUGCUCCUAGCUGGCGUGAAGCAGACAGAAGAUGAUAAGCCUGCAAGGACAUAGUCUUCCACUCUCCCAAGCCCAGUAGCAUCUAAGUAAGUCAGCAUCUAGCACCAAGAGCAGAGGAGAACCAGCUACACGAUGACGGCGGAGCCUGAGAGGGAGAGGUUCAGGUAAGUUAAAGUUUUGGCCACCAGCAGCAAUGUCACCAUUAGGGAUCUUGGCAAAUUCUGCAAUGUUCCCAGACGAUGACAGUUCCGCUUUAAAUUAUUUUUGUUUAUGUCCACGCAGCCCUAGCGACACCACCCCUUCAAUCUGAUGUUAACUUACUUCUGAUUGUCCCCGAAGUAUAAGAUAAUACAAUCAGAAGUAAGUUAACAUAAGGUUGAAGGGGUGGUGUGGCUAGGGCUGCUGGUUCUCCUCUGCUCCUGGUGCUUCAGCAUCAAGAGCCCCUAGAUGCUGACUUAGAGCCACUAGAUGCUGACUUACUUAGAUGCUACUGGGAGGAGGGAGACCAUGUCCCUUGCAGGCGCCAUCUUCUUCUGUCUACUUCACGUCCGCGUCAGGAGCAGAUAUCACUGCUUUAACUAUAGUGUUCCUUUAAAAUACUCCUCCUACAACCAUUGCAACACUAUGGUGCAAAAGGGAAACUGCACCCAGACCACUUCAAUGAGCUGAAGUGGUCUGGGUGCCUACAUUGUCCCUUUAAGCUAAAGUUGUUUUGGUGACUAUAGGGUCCCCUUUAAGUAAAUUCUAUUUUUUGCAAUUGGAGUUUUUUGUUUUUUUCCCUUCAGUACUUUAAUAUUAAAAAUAUUAACCUGCAAAAAAUGUAAAGUAAUCCAAAUAGAGUGCACUAUUAACAUAUCUUUGAAAAUAGUCAAAUCACCCUUGGUGAACCCAAGUGUUCUGUGGCAAUACAUAAAUGGCAAAAGCUACUUGGGGAGGAAUCAGUGUAUCUCAAAGGGGGGGGGGGGGGGGGAGAGAGAUGUAGCCACAGGAAGGAUAGGGGAUGUCUUGAAGUUUAAAUGAGGGGAAAAUAUGUCUAUCAGACAGAAAAGGUGAGAGCUGCUCUAAACUUUUCAAACAGACAAAACAAUGAGAGGUUGCUGUGAAUUGCAGUUGAAACAAGCAAGACCCUUCCUGAUGGAAUCAACUUAACUUUAUUCUUACACUCUAACCCUACAGUUCAACUGGCAGUAGGUGUCUCUUUUGUUGACCCCAGUUCACAGUACCCAUUAACUAAUAUGCUAAUCUCCUUACCCUCAUUCUUAUAAAUGGUUGGUUUAUUAUUAAAGCCAGAUAUUUAACCUGAAAGCUCAAGUUUGUGCGUUGCUGUUGAGGGAAUCCUAACAGUGUGUUCUUUUUUUCUUCCCUGAGAUUCUAUAGGAAUUGAGCAUUAGGGACAGAGGGACUAGUGGCUUUCACACAGUGACCAGUCUUUUGGAAAGAUGGUCACUGCUUGAUAAGGCACACAUCCCAGAUGGGCAGCUUUUGUCCGUAGUAUUAUUAUUGCCAUUUGUAUAGCGCCAACAGAUUCUGUAGAGCUUUACAAUAUUGUGAGAGGGGUGAUGUAACUAUAAAUAGGACAAUUACAAGAAAACUUAUAGGAACAAUAGGUUGAAGAGGACCUUCCUUAAACGAGCUUCCAGUCUAUAGGAAGUAGGGUAUAAAACACAUUAGGACAGGAAGUAUAAAUCAAAUAAGGUGGGAGUGUAGCAAGCUGGAGGAGAGUAAAGUGCUGCCCUAUAGGAGAGAGCAAAAGACAGGUGUGUAAGGUAGAGGUUACUCUGGGAGGCCAUACGCUUUCAUAAAGAGAUGGUUUUUAAGGCACUUCUUCAAAGAUUGAAGACUAGAGUAGAGUCUGAUGGGGGUAGGCAGGCUAUUCAUAGGAAAUGAGCCGCCCCGCGAGUUGGCCGUAAGGGUGCGAGCAGCGGUCAGGAGGUGUCACGGGCAGAGCGGAGGGGCAUACCUAAGGAUCUAUAAAGAGAUAUGAGGGGGCUAGAAUUGUACAGUGCUUUAUAUGUAUGGGUUAGCACUUUGAAUUGAUUCCUAUAGGAUACAGGAAGCCAAUGUAAGAACUGACAGAGGGGUGAGGUGUGAGAGGACCGACUAGAGAGGAAAAUCAGUCUGGCGGUAGCAUUCAUUACAGACUGUAGCGGGGCGAUACGCCUUUUGGGAAGACCAGUCAGGAGAGGGUUACAAUAAUCCAUGUGGGUAAUUACUAGAGCAUGGACAAGCUCCUUGGUAGCAUCUUUUGUAAGUAAGGGGCGGAUGUGGGCUCUGUUUUUAAGUUGGAAUCUACAGGAUUUGGCAACAAACUGGAUGUGAGGCUCAAAGGUGAGGCCAGAGUCAAGUAUGACGCCAAGAUAACGUGCUUGCAAGGAUGGACUUAUGUGGAUACCACUGACUUGAAGGGAGAGUGACAGUGAAGGAUCAGUAUUAGGAGGAGGAAAGACAAGGAGUUCAGUUUUAGAGAGAUUGAGUUUCAGAAAGCGGGAGGACAUCCAAAGAUGGAAGAAAGGCAAGCAGUGACAAGUUGCAGGACGGCAGGGGAGAGGUCCGGGGAGGAGAGAUAUAUUUAGGUGUCAAAACCAUACAGGUGGUAGUGGAAUCCAAAAGAGGUAAUACGUUUUCCAAGAGGGGCAGUAUAAAGAGAAUAUAGAAGUGGACCAAGGACAGAGCCUUGGGGAACUCCAACCAAGACAGGACAAGGGGAGGAGGUAUCCUUGGAAAAGGAGACACUGAAUGAGCAGUGGGAGAGAUAAGAGGAGAACCAUGAGAGGACAGAGUCACAGAGACCGAGCGAUUGAAGACUCUGAAGGAGGAGAGAAUAAUCAACAGUGUCAAAGGCAGCAGAGAGGUCAAGAAUAAUUAAUAUGGAGUAGUGGCCCUUGGAUUUAGCUGCAAUAAGGUCAUUAGUAACUUUGAUAAGAGCAGUCUCUGUAGAGUGGAGAGGGCGGAAGCCAGACUGAAGAGGGUCAAGGAGAGAGUUGGAAUUAAGGAAGCGACACGUCUUUCCAGAAGCUUUGAGGGGAAAAGGGAGCAGGGAUAUGGGAAGAUAGUUGGAAGGGGAGGAAGGGUCGAGAGAUUUUUUAUUUUUAAUUUUUUUCAGGAUAGCUAUUACAGUGGCAUGUUUAAGGUCAGCAGGGACAACGCCAGAAGAGAGAGAGAGCAGUUGAACAUGUGUGUUAGGGAAGGCACAAGACAAGGGGAGAGAAAUCUGAUGAGGUGAGACGGGUCAUCCAGAAAUGUUUCAAUAUUGUAUGGGGCCCAGGAUAUAAAGGAGAGAAUCUAGGGUUAGAUAAGACAGAUUGUGGCAGGAGAAUCAUUUAGGUGUUAAAAACAAAAUCAUGGAAAACGCACAUGAAAGGGAAUUUAAAUUUAAGGAUAUGAGAGAAUGGCAGAGUGGUGAAUAUUUAAGUAAGUGGCUGUGGAUCCCUCUAUCUUGCUCAGGCUGAGAUUACAAUAUUAUAUUUAAAAGUAGUAAUUACAAUAUUAUAUUAAUGUCUAAAGCAUCCUUUUAUUUCAUGCUGGACCUGCAGACCUGACCAUGUCAGUUGCCCAGCAGAUUUUAUUUUUCUAGAACCUUGGAUGAUUUGACACUUCUGUGAUCACAGGGCUUAUUAUUUUUUUUAUUUUUUUUGUAAAUAUGAUUUUUAUUGUCGAUAAUGCAAAUAACCUCAAGCCUAAAGAGUUGGCAGAGAGACACGCAGGUCUCAGGCAUAUUUUCAUAUAUCAAUGCAUCUGGUGUGACACCAUAUUCCUACAGGCUCGCAGGCCACAUUAUCAGUGGGUCGCUGUUCGGCUCGCAGGCCCCCUUCGGCCCAUAGCAUUGUCAUUACCGCUGUAAUUCCCCUUAUCUUAUACGUAUUCCUGUGAUCUGGGUGUUAUGUACCGUUUAUCAGGGUAGACAGGUUUAUCUGUUUGUAAGAUAGGGAACUCUGUCCCAGUAUUCCCUAGGGUUCGUGUGUUUAUUAGUGCUGUUCCCUUGCAUGACUUGUGCCCUCCCUUCCGGGUCUCGGGACCCUGUCUUAUGGUGGGUUUCUUUCUGGCACGGGGGGAUUAGUCGUAGCGACCUAGGUGACAGUUUUGUGCUUUCCGCUCAUGAGCAUUGCUUUUUGAUAUAUGUGUGCGUUACUUUGGCCCCUGCGGUUCGUUAUGUCUCUCCUAUUUCCUGGGAUCUCUCUCCCCUUGUCCCCGGCGUCUAGUAGUGCAUGUUUGUUAUUGCUUUCGUCCAGUUUGCAUUUUUAUUGGUAGUCAUCAUUCGGACAGUCUGUAAUGUUCUUGUGUGUGGCCUUGUCUAAAUAUUGUGUGUUUGCUUAUUUGGGUUCCAUGCUUGUGAAGGUAGUCGGAACAUGUUAUUAUGUUUGUUUGUUUGAUCCAGUAUUGGUGCGGUUGACUCCUUAGGUUUCAGUUCCUGUGUCGAUCAAUGGGUGUCUGCAUCUCAAGCUCAAGUUUAACGUGGAACCCUAUGGUUUGUUGUGUCCCUAUGUUUGUCGUGAUGUGUUGUAGUGUUGUGUCCUACUGUGUCCGUGGUAGGUCUUCUCAUUUCCCUUUCGUGUAUCAAUUCACCUCACGUGUCUCCUCCUAAUCUACAGCGGUAUCAUGGGUUUCGCUCUCUUUUGGGUCUUGCCCUGUGUCAUGAUUGCAUUUGUGUGUUGUCCCUAGUCGGGUCGGGGAGGAGGACAGGUUGGGUAAAGUGGGGUGGGGGCAGUGUGGGGUGUGAUUGUGGAGCUGAGGUGCAUGGGUCCCCCCUCCUCUCUGCAGAUUCUGCUGUGUGUCCAGCUGUGCAUCGUCGCCUACACUGUGUAUAGUAGCCAGGGUCUCCAGAUCUCCGUGUGCCGUUCUCCUCUUCCCAACAGGUCUGCUAUUUUGGCUUCAGCUGUUCGUAUUUCUUCCACUUUGCGUUUCCAUUGUUCCGUUGUGGGUGGGUCCUCUUUCUUCCAGUGUAGUGGAAUUAGGGAUUUAGCUGCGUUCAGGAGAUGUCUCAUGAUUGAUUUUUUUAUUUUAUUUUAUUUUUUAUUGAUUUUUUUUUUUUGUAGGUAGACAGGGGUUGCUCCGUGUGAUGUAUGAGGGCUGCUUCCAUUGUCAGGUGUGGGGGGUCAUCCAGUAUGUUUUUUUUUUUUUUUAGUUCAUGUUCGAUGUUCCCCCAAUAUGGCUUAAUUUUCUUGCAGUCCCACCAGAUGUGCCGCAGUGAUCCAGUGCCCUCGUUGCAUCUCCAGUAGGUUUUCGGGAUAGUCGGGUUGUAUCGGCUGAGUAAGGAUGGUGUGCGAUACCAGUGCACCAGCAACUUGUAGUUUACCUCCUGGAAGUGGGAGCUUGAUGAGCUCUUGUGUUGCAGUAUCAAGAUUUUUUUCCCACUGGUCGUCCGGGAAGGAUUUGGCUGUCCAUUCCUCCCAUUGGCGUUUGUACAAGUUGUUUUUUGAUCAGGUUAUAAUAGUAGUGUUUCAAUUGGGCGUAAUGGAAUUGGUGCAUGAGCGUGGGAGGUCUUCCGUCUGCUAUUUCUCUUAGCGGUUUCACGCCUGUAUUAUUGAGCACAGUGUGUAUGGGUAUGUAUCCGUCUUGGCUGUCUAACGGCCAGGCGGACGGUGUGAGUCCAUCUCCCAGGUGUGGGUUAUAGGUUAUGGGAAUCAGCGGGCUCGGCUUGGGUGAAAUCCGUCGUUCGUUCCUCAGUAUGGUCCAGUGUUUUAGUGUCUGUGUAACAGGGGAGUCCUCUCCAAGUGCUGUCUGUGCUUCCGUUUCUUUGUGCCACAUCAGCGUGUACAGUCUGUUGUCUGUGGUGUCUCUCCAUAGUGUCACCCAGCGUUUGUGGGGUGAGGCUAUAUGUAGCUCCCUCAGUCUCUGUAGUACCGUGGCUUGGUGGUAUCGUUUAACGUCCGGUAGCGCUAGUCCUCCCCAUCGUCUCGGGAGGCAGAGUUUUUCGUAGCUAAUUUGUGCCCUGUCCCCUUUCUAUACGUAUUGAAUGAGCGCUGUCUUAAUUGUUGCGAAAAAUGUUUGCAGUACCGUUUGUAGCGCUGUGUGGGAGAGGUAUAGGAUCCUGUGUAGGACAUUCAUCUUAAUUACAGCUAUCCUCCACAGCCAUGAUAUGUGUGCAUAGUUCCAUCUCUUGAGGUCUCCAAGGAUGGUGGUCAGAAGUAGUGUGUAAUUGUGUGCGUAGAUGUCUUUUACUUCAUGUGUGAUCCAUAGCCCAAGGUAUCUCAUACGUUCGUGGCACCAGUGGAAUUGGAAUCGUCGUCAGUUGUGUGCAUUCAGUCUCGGGUACGGUGACGUUAAGAAUGUCACACUUCGUUAGGUUGAGUUUUAGUCCUGAGAGGCGCCCAUAGUUUUCGAAUUCGGUCAGUAGCUGUGGUAUGGAGUCUGCUGGGUUCUUGAGGAAAAACAGCAGAUCAUCCACGUAGGCGGCGACUUUAUGUUCGUGCGUUUUGUAGCUUAGCCCUGUUAUCCUCUGGUUUUUCCGAAUGCGAUCCAGGAGCGGCUCCAGGGUGAGGGCAAAUAUGAGCGGGGAAAGCGGGCAUCCCUGCCUUGUGCUGUUCCGGAUGUCGAAGCUAUCCGUAAGGGCCCUAUUCACUCUGGCGUUCGGUUGACUGUAAAGCGCGAUGAUCCAUGCGAGCAUACCACGUCCCAUGCCCGUCGUGCGUAAUGUAUCCGUCAUGAAGUUCCAGUCUACUCUGUCGCCAGCACCUUGGAGAAAGGUUUUAUGUCGGUGUUAAGGAGUGAUAUUGGGCGGUAAUUUCCUACUUGCUCCGUGUUUUUACCCGGUUUAGGGAUGACCGUGAUGGUUGCAGCUAAGGUUUCCCUGCUGAAGGUGUUUCCUUCACGUAUGCUAUUUAUCGCCUUAGUUAGGUGGGGUAUAAGAAUGGUUCUGAAUUUCUUGAGGUAUUCUAUCUGGAAGCCAUCCGGUCCUGGUGCUUUUCCGGUUUUUGCUACUUUCAGUGCCUGUCUAAUUUCCUCUUCGGUGAUAGGCACAUCGAGUUCUUCUGCUUCCUCCAGUGUGAGGGCGUCCGGUUGAAAGCCCUCUAGGUAGUCUGUCGUGUCUGUCUUCCUCGCGGUUUGGGAUAUUCCGUCUUCGUCUCCACGUGUAUUGUAUAACUGUGUGUAGAACCGUUGGAAUUCACUCAAAAUGUCUUCUGGAAAUUGAGUUGUUGUGCCUUGGGCGGUGCGCAGGGCGUGGACUUGCGCCCUGCCCUGCGCUCCUCGCAGCAUCCGUGCUAGUAGUUUACCCACCUUGUUGGCAUGCAUGUAGAAGAAUGCAUGUGAUCUUUGGACAGUUCUGGCGUGUUUGCGUUCAAUAAGUUCUGAGAGUAGCCGUCUGUGUAAGUCUGGUCUUGUCGGUCGUGUUUGUGGGCCAUUUCCAGGUCAGAUAUCUUCUGUGUUAGGUCAGCUAUCUGUUGUCCGGUUUCCUUUUUCCGUCGAGUAGCCAUGCGAAUUAUGACAGGGCUUAUUAUUCAUCUAACAUUUUACAUACAUAAGUUGUAAUAGUACAAAAUAAAAUGAGAACGCUCAUUUUAUUGAAUAUGAGAGAGCCAUUGAUGGGGAAUCAAUCAAUCAAUUAAUUGAUUAUCUUGCGUAUCUGCCCCCGGCCAAAUUUAAAAAGACGUGUGCAUGCUCCUGAAGCAAUUCACACCAGACACAGGUUUCGGGUUAAUGGACGGCAUGCCCCUUAUAAAGCAAAAUUACAUCAUAUGCAUUGUCAGAGAUAACAUGGAAUAAUACAUCAAUAAUUGGUUAGGUGUUAAGUGGUUCAUUUAGGGACCUUCCUACCGGGUGUGAUGUCAUUGGUAUCUUGGGGGUCUCCCCCAGAUUCCAGCGCCAUCUUGUUAAUGAGGGUGUUAGUCGAUGUCAAAGGGAAACUCCCUAGCGGGUUAGGUAAAUCACGUAUAAGGUUGAAUAAUGCUGAUUGUGGUUAUGCUGAGUAAAUAGGCAUUUUAUUAAUAUGACUUGGGUUAAUAUUUUUGUCCACAACAGCCACCCUGCAGAGUUUUUUCAGUAAACACAAAAUUGCACUAAAGUGAAAAGUAAAAUUCGCAAUUUAUGCUAAAGCAGCCCAGUUGUGACUAUAAUAGAAUUGGAGAACAUUUGCAAAUGAGCCAUUUAUGACAAAAAUUUUGCAAUUUAUUUUUAAUUUAAUACAAUUUAGUGUUUAUGACUAUUAUCAUUUUAAUUAAAUAUUAACUUCUUGUUAUGGUCUCCUUUUUUCUUCCUAUCUUCCUGCCAGCUGUACCUUUCCCACCUACACGUCGCCUGUCCAUGAAUGAAGUGUUUGUAGAGGGACGCCCUCAGUUAGAGACUCUGAAAAAUCACCUGGCCAAAGAGGGACGGUUGGAGGAGGAAGUUGCCCUGCGCAUUAUUCGAGAGGGAGCUGCAAUCCUGCGACAUGAGAAGACCAUGCUUGAGGUGGAGGCCCCCAUCACAGGUGAAUCACCAGCUGAAUCCCAUGUUUUAUCUUUUUCUCCUCCUUGAUACUUAGAACAAUCUUUCUCAAACAGUAGUUUUUUAUUCUCUCACCCACUCUUUCUUCACUGCUCUUCACUAUGUUUUUUGCAACUUUUACCCUCUGUUUUUAAUAAAGGUUCCCACUAUUGACUCCUCUCCCUUUUAUCAUUUUUUCCCCAUAUUUCUUAUCACUCUUCUACACAUUACUCUGUUGCUCAUUGUCCUUUAUUUCCUGUUUUUGCAGUUUGUGGUGAUAUUCAUGGGCAAUUCUUUGACCUUAUGAAGCUUUUUGAAGUUGGGGGUUCUCCACAUACCACACGUUACCUCUUCUUGGGGGACUAUGUGGAUCGAGGCUACUUCAGUAUAGAGGUCAGUGUCUCAUGCCCAUACAGACAAAAUGGUUUGUGUCUGGUAACAGUAUGACUUAGAAUAGACUGACUGAACAGAUACUUGUUACAUUUCUAUCAAAAAUCCAUGCCCAGGUAGAAAAGACUAAUAUAUCCUCUGGCCAAUAGACUGAAAGAGAUUUGUGACCUUAUUAUUCAGGGUUAAAGGGUGGUCUUGGUACACCUCAUUCAUUUAUACUUUUAAUAAUUCAUUCUUCUUUUGUUAUUUCUUGUCUCAUUAGUGUGUUCUAUACCUCUGGAGCCUGAAAAUUAUUCACCCCAAAACCCUGUUUCUUCUGCGAGGGAACCAUGAGUGCCGACACUUAACAGAGUACUUCACCUUCAAGCAAGAAUGUGAGUGAUUUUGAUGAGUGUCCUGUUUUUUUUGUUUUUUGUUUUUUUUUAUUGCCUCUCUUCAAGUGUUGACCCACAAUGCAUUUAGUCAGUUUCUGGGUCUAUAUAUUUUCUGCUGCACUGCUUUUGCCUAAAUCCUACCAGAUAUUUGUGUUUCCUUUUCUCUGGCUUCUCAUGCACAAUACAAGUUGGUUUCAUUUGUGUAUGUUUCUUUCUGUUUCUUCCUGCACUCUACUUUCAGCUGUAUCCCUAAUAUAUGGAUCCUUAUUGAGUCCUUCUGAACCCGGUUUCUAUUUGUAUUCCUAAUGUGUCCAGCAUCUUUUUUGGUUUCUCUUGCACUCUGCAUUUAACUUAUAUUUUAAUUCCUAACAUGUUUAGCCUACUUUGUAGUUCCUUCUGCACUCAACGCUGUGCUUAAAUAUAAAAGUCUGCAGACUUUCGUUUCCCGUGGUAAAUCCCUGCCCUACUACCCACUGUCUUUUUUUUCAGAUCUCUUGCUUUACCCUGCCCCAACACUGAGUCAUGUAUUUCUUUGUAAACUAUUUUACAAGGUACGAUCUAAUGAAAUUUCUCUCCUGGAAGGGGCUGUCCUGGGGAGUUCUAAAAAAACAAAAAACAAACAAUGUUGCACAUAUGUAGCAUAAUUAGACAUGCAUUGUUACACAUAUAAUGUCUGAUAAUGAGUGCAGUUGCUUUUUUUAUUGAAGUUAGGUAGUUGGAGUUGUUUUCAGGGACUUCAGACUGGUGUCAGAUUUGAUAUUAUCUGGCAGGCUAUAGGAGAAAGAUACUCGACUGACCUCCUUUUUGAAGUGGGGGAUGGAUAAAAAAAAAAGAGGCCUUAAAGGACCACUUUGCUGCACCAUAGAAUUAAGUUGUUAUAGCUUGAGGAGUUACCAGGCGCUGGCUUAUCUUAAGUGGUUAAACGGCUAAAUAAUAGUUUGAUUUCAAAGUCUUUAAUCUGGAGCCUGAUCGCUCUCCUCCUUCACUUCUAUUCCAGUCAGCUGCUUUAAUCAGGAAGCCAUUGACCAAGUAGCUCCCCACUCACAAAACUGACAGAAAGAUUGGUACCUUUUUCAUUCCAUUUUGUCAUUGGGGUACUACUGUUAGCAUCAGCUGAUGCUCUCAGCCUAACUGCGGCACACAGUGCCUCGGACUGGAACAGAAGUGAAGGGCUAGAGUGAUCAGGUGCCAGAUUAAAGACAUUAAACUGUUUGUUAAUGGUUUAACCCCUUGAGAUAUGCCUUUGCCUGGGACCUCCUUGCACAAUAAAAACCUUAUUUUAAUUAAAUUGUUAUAGUGCCUGGAGUGGAAUCUGGUUUCUAUAAUUAGACCGUUUAGAAGUUCCAACUUCUCACAAAGAUGGCUUCUGUAGUUACACUGGGAACAAUGUGAAGUAACAAAUUAUAUAGAGUAUUGAAUUUAGACAGAUGUGUUUACACUGCUGAUCAAUAUAUUCUAUUCCCAUAGUUUAUUACUGGCAUUAACAUAUGGCGUUGGGACUUUCCAUUCCAUUCUCCACAGAGUGGACUUUAAUGCCAUUAGAACGUCAUGAAAUGUCCUAAAGCUUUGGGAUUUGACCCUGCUCACAUCAGGAAGACCUAGAUAUCAAUUCAUAUCUGGGGCUCUUCUGUGCCAACUAGGGCCAUAUUUAGUGGCUUGCAGAUGAACUGUAUGCAACAUUUUAGCGAUCACUGCAUACAGCGCUUUAAAUGGGGAUUUAAUCACAGAGGCUAUAAACAGGGGUAAAUUACUGCUCACACCAGGGAGACCCAAGUAUCAAUACCUGGGAUUUAGUUCUGUCAGUUAAAUAUGACCCCAGACUGACAGAUGAACUGUAUGCAGUGCUCAAAGUGAGCUGACACUCUCUUCCAAUCGCCAGCACCCAGUGCUUCCCUGUGCUUUCCUUUUCUGCACAAUACAGAGGCUGAGCAAUGAAGGGGUUAAAAGUGCCUUCAUAAAUAUGUACAGGGUGGCCGAUAAGUCUCUACCCAUCCAGCACACAGAUACACUGUAUAUUUUUUAUUCUCUCACCCACUCUUUCUUCACUUAUACAUAAGAUAUAUAGAUGGGUAGGGACUUACGGGCACACCUGUAGAAUAGAAGGGUUAAGACCUGAUCCUUGAGUGACUCCACAAGCAACAUUUGAGUGACUGGGAGACACUGCUGGUAAUGGAAACAAAUGUGGCCCUGUCAGAUAUACUUGGUGCAAUUUGUUUCCUUGCACUCUGCAUUGCUUAUCCAGCAGAGUUUUUACCAUUGUCAUACUCCUUCCAUAUAUUUGUUUAGGAAAGUUUAAUUUAUUUUCUGUCUUACCGAUCAGCUUUUUGUUUCACUUAUUUCAUGCAUUUUUGUAAUAAACUAUUUUCUGUAUUGUAGCUGGCAAAUAAAUAUCUCAUGAUGUAGGCACAUUACUGUGGUACCAUCAAAUAAAAGUGUUUUUUUAAUUGUAUGUCCAGUCUUUCAGAUGGACAGACAUUGAGAGACAACACAACUGAUUUGCUGGUUAAAUUUUCACUUAAUAUGUUGACUGUGUGUGGCAUGCUAACCUUCAUCUGGGAUCCAAGACAUUUCAUCAGGUCCAAUCACUUGCCAACAUACCACUCCUUAGCUUAGCUUGUUCCUUGAGACUUUGAAAUUCAAUAUGCCUUAGACCAUAAACUCUUAUCUGUUAAUGAGAACAUUGGGGAAUAAGAGAAGGGAAAGGUCAUCCGAACAAACAGUGCAGUCUAUUAAGAAGUUGCAGCUUUACUUUUUAAGAGAAAUAAAUAAAACAAAAAGCAUCUCGUGUCCUAUCUAUUGCCAUUUUUUGUGAGGCCAUUGGGAUAAUCUGAAAACUCUUUUUCAUGUUGGUGCUAUGAUAAAAAAAAUGUGAAGGAGCUUUUAAUCCAACUUGAGGCUAUUUUAAUGUGGGUUAGAAACCUCACAUGUCUACCACAGCAACCAAGUUAUUGACUGUUGUUCAUGCCAUGCUGAAGACAAACUGAUAAUGUCAAAGUUCAAGUGUUUCUACUGUUAGAGGGCCCCACGAAGAUGGCUAAUAUUAUACUGUUUCCAUGAUGGUAGCCAGUUUUAGCAGACAACUGUCUCUAAACCAAAUAGAAAUCUAAUAUCUUCUUUCUGAGGAGGAUACUCAAUUGAACAUAAAUAUAUUGCAUACGGUUUCCUCAAGCCUGAUAGGCUAAAGGUGUCAGCUGAUGCUCUCCUGUCUGAAAUUUCCUAAUUCAAGCUUUGGACUGUAACGGAUGUUUGUAGGGAGGACGAUUGGGCACCAUAAUUAAGACUUAGGGGUUAAAAUGUUUAACUCCUUGAGGUGCGCUGGUGUCUGGGACCUACUCACACCAAAACCUCUUCAUUCUAAUGAUGUUAUUAAGAGGUUUGGAGUAUCCCUUUUACCUGAAUAUCAACACACAAAUAACAUUUCUAUAUGUAUUCUUGACUUGGUUACCAUCGUUUACUUGCUCUAUUUCUCAUUCUCUAAAAGAACAUUUCAAUUAUUGUUCAAAAAGCAUCUACGUAGUCUUAAAGGAACACUGUAGGGUCAGGAACACAUACAUGUAUUCCUGACCCUACAGGGUUAAACCCACCAUUUAGGUGGCUUGCCCCCCUUAAAAGGAAUUAAAACUCACCUUAUUUCCAACGCCACGCAGGUCCACCAGCGCUGGCCCCGCCCCCCGAUCCGCCUGCUUGAUGACAUCAUCAGAAUUGCAGAUUUUUAGCCAAUCCAAUGAAUUGGUUAAAAUGGGAUGGAGAGGGGCCAAACACUGUUUUGGCCAAUCAGCACUUCUUCAUAGAGAUGCAUUGAUUCAAUGCAUCUCUAUGAGGAAAAUUCAGCGUUCCCAUGCAGAGCGUGGAGACGCUGAACGGCAGUGCUGCCUACUGUGCAGCACUGAGCCAGGAAGAACCUCCAGUGGCCAUCUGAGGAGUGGCCACUUGGAGAUGUUUCUAGGGGCACUGUAAACACUGCCUUUUCUCUGAGAAGGCAGUGUUUGCAUGAAAAUGCCUGAAGGCAAUGAUUAUACUCAUCAGAACAACUACAUUAACCUGUAGUUGUUCUGGUGACUAUAGUGUCCCUUUAAGUUCAACGGGAACAUGUCCUUGGAAUUUGUCCAUAUUCACAAGUCAUGUUAUACUUUUCGUGUGCAAUAUGUCUCACUUCACAUAGGAUGAAGUGUUAAGAAAAAAAAGGAAUCAAUUUAAAGGAAUAGGUUAUAGUUGUUUUUUAUCUAUGUAGUAACCAUAAGUUGGAGAUAUCCGUAGUUAGAAUUAACAAAACAGUGUGUUCUUUCUGUGCCCAUAAGUACAUAUUGGUUAUAACUUGUCCUACAGAACUAUGAUAGAUCAGUGCCACAUGACAUAACCAGUUGUUUUUUUAAUAGAUGUUCUGACGUGUUGAUAAGAGUCCCAUCCAUGUGAAAUAUCCAGGGAUUAUGGUUCAUAUAUGAAGCAGCUGAUAACUCUUUAAAAAUAUAGACCUCUUUUAUUGAAAAGUAUUACAUAUUUGCAGUAGAGGGAUAGCUAGUGGUGAGUACGCUGUCUUCUCCGUAAUCACUGGUGAACGCAGAAGAACAUCAAUUUGUUAGUACAGACAAAUACAGAGUAAUGGUGAACAGCGCAAUAAAAAAGUGAAUAAACAGUGUACCACAAGUGAUGUAAAUACAAUAAAAUAAAGUAUAUACCCUUUAGAAUUUCUUGGAUAUUUCCUAGGAGGAAUCAGACAUAAGAUCUCAUAGGGCAAUAAAACUAAUAAAAUCAAUAAGUGUACAUAAAGAAACACUGCAGUAAUCACACUCACAUUUCCAGAGCCUGUAUAUAUUACUGGCUCAGGUAGGUAAGUUUUGAGUGUUAUAUACAAGAAAACUUCCCACGGUCUUGUAGGGUUGAUAGGAGCUUAACCAUUCCAUUUGUUACAAAGGUCCACAGGUAAAGCACAAAUGUAUUUAGCCCUUGGCUUUGAGCGAAUUUAAAACCUUUUUGUAAAACUCUUUGUUGGUUAAAAUUUAAAACCUAUUUAGAAAUAUUUAAAAAAUGUAUAGGUUAUAUUUCCUCUUAACCUAUAAACAUUUUUAAUAUUUCUAAAAAGGUUUAAAAUUUUAACCAACAAAGAGUUUUAGAAAAAGGUUUUAAAUUCUCUCCAAGCCAAGGACUAAAUGAAUUUGUGCUUUACCUUUAUUGCGCUGUUCGCCAUUACUCUGUAUUUGUCUACGCUCUAUUUGUGGAACUGGAGUGAUUGGUUUCACGGUGGUACAAGCUGCAUUACACCACACUGUAUGGUAUCUGUUUGCACUUUAUAUUUAGCACCAUUUUUUUAUUACACUAUUUCUUUUUACUAUCAAGUUGUCAGUGUUGAACAGUAAAAGGAUUAAUAGAAUGAAUAAGGUAACAGAGGCAAAGUCGCAUCCAAUGUCAAAAUCCCAAAAGUUUUGUAUAUUGCACAUGUCCAUUAGCAAACUAUGCAUUUCUUUUUGUUUUUACAGAAGAUAUUUAUGAAUAAUUUAUUACAUGUGGUUUAAGGAAGAGCUUUAGUUUGAUGUUUUCAUCUUGUGUGAGUAACCUAUAAACCCAUCAUGUUGCAUUAUAUCCUAGGUUUAAUGUGCUGGUACCGUUAUCACCUUUCCCACCCUACCUAUCUUCUGAAGAUUCUGUGGCACAUCGAGAAUGCUCGCAGUUUAUAUUGUAUUCCUUAUUCUUCCAUUCUAGGUGCCAUUGUGCACAGAGAUGAUCUCAUAGUGACUGCUUCUUUUCAAGGCUUGUCAGUCUGACCAGCUGCCUCUAGUUCCUUCCAAUCUGUGUCCUGCACUAUUGGCAUUUUGUUACAGAGCAUUUGUCUUCUUUGUGUUCUCUUCUUUCAUUUGAAUCCUGAUAGCUUUGUUAGUUAUUUUUCUGUUUAUUUUUAUUUUUUGUCCCCUAGUAGUCUACUUAUUUUGCCAUCCGAUUCAUGCUCUCAAUAUGAUUCCAGCCAACCUAUGCCCUGUUUUCUUUCUGGCAUUCUUGAUACCCACCUUCCAUCUGUUUCUUUUUAGGACACACACACACACAUAUAUUCAAUGUAUUUCUUGCUGCUUUUCAACAAGACUUGGGGAACACAUUCAUCAGCGCACUCCGCUUUUUCAUAUGUGCUUUACUGUUUGAUAUAUCAUGAUUUCUGGCAUAUACUAUAAUUUGGUGCUUACUAUCUAAUAAUCUUCACAAUCAUGCUAGUCUGUGUCAAUAUCUGAAUCCAUAUUUAGAAAGUGACACUCUAUAAACUUUACUGAGUCUGCAUCCUGACAACCUGUGCGCCUUAAGGAGUCUGCAGCCUGACAACCUGUGCGCCUUAAGGAGUCUGCAGCCUGACAACCUGUGCGCCUUAAGGAGUCUGCAGCCUGACAACCUGUGCGCCUUAAGGAGUCUGCAGCCUGACAACCUGUGCGGCUUAAGGAGUCUGCAGCCUGACAACCUGUGCGCCUUAAGGAGUCUGCAGCCUGACAACCUGUGCGCCUUAAGGAGUCUGCAGCCUGACAACCUGUGAGUCUGCAGCCUGACAACCUGUGAGUCUGCAGCCUGACAACCUGUGAGUCUGCAGCCUGACAACCUGUGCGCCUUACUGAGUCUGCAGCCUGACAACCUGUGCGCCUUACUGAGUCUGCAUGACUGUACUUCUGUAUUGUCUGUUUCCAUUGCUUAAGUUUUGAGAAUUUUUUCAAUUUUAAGUUGGAAUAUGUAAUUGUAAUGUGCAUGUCAAGUAAACGUUAAGUGAGAACCAGACCAUAUUUUGCUGUUUAGGAACAAAUAGCACUGCAAUAUGGGUUGUGUUCAAAAGAGGAAGUAAUAUAAAUUAGACAUUUACACUCUCAGCUGUACUGCAAUUACAAAAUGCAGCAACAAAUGCAUAGCCUGUCCAGAGUUCAGACGCUGUUUACUUAGAAUUGCGUUACAUAUACCAAGUGUUCGGUAUUAAUCCUCAGCUAUUCUACCCAAAUCAUAAUUUGUGUGCAGAAUAUUGUAUGCGUGCUAUUUUACCCAAAGGACCAUUAUAUGAAGGGACACAUGUCUACUUCUUGUACAUGAAACUCGUAUGCUAUCUAUAAGUUACACAUCUGCCUAUGUCAUGCCUUUUGCAUAUUACCAUCCCUUUUCCCCUUUCUGGUUUGUCCUAACUCGUGUGCUUUCCCUUAGGUAAGAUUAAGUAUUCAGAGCGAGUGUAUGACUCGUGCAUGGAUGCCUUUGACUGUCUUCCACUGGCAGCUCUUCUCAACCAGCAGUUUCUAUGUGUACAUGGUGGACUGUCGCCUGAAAUCACUUGCCUGGAUGACAUCAGGAAGGUGAGUGUAUUACAAAAUCUCCCCUCCCCCCCAAAAAAAACUAACAACCCAAAAGUGUCUGUGUGUGUUUUUGUGUGUGUAUACACCUGUCAGUUCUGCACAUGUGAAAUGCUGGGAGUAGGGUUAUAUGUAGAUCUGUAAAGUUAUGCAAAGUUAUUUUUCCAGUUAUGAAUGUGGGAAUAUAUGGAGUAGGAUUCAGUGCAUGUUGUCUUUACAGUUAUGUAGAGGGGAAAUGCUGAGGGUAGGAUUAUAAAAAGAUCUGCACUGUUACAAACGGGCGAAUGUUAUGAGUAGGAUUAUAUACACAUCUUAACAAUUACAUAUGGAAAAAAUACUGACACUAGGGUUAUAUGUUAAAAAAAAAACUGACAAGUGGAGGAAUGCAGGGAGUAGAAUUAUGUGUAUUUUUACAGUUAGUCACAAGUGGAAUUCUGGGAGUAGGAUUAUAUGUACAUCUUUACAGUUACAAAUGGGGUAUAUGGCUUGGUGGCUAGGAUUACAUAUAGCUCAAGUGAAGGGAUUCUUUCUCCUGUGGAAACGCUUACCUCUCUCCCUUCGUAUUCUCUCUGUCUCCUCAGUUAGACAGAUUUAAGGAACCCCCCGCCUUUGGCCCCAUGUGUGACUUGCUGUGGUCCGAUCCAGCUGAAGAUUACGGAAAUGAGAAAACGCUAGAGCACUUUACUCACAACACAGUGCGCGGUUGCUCGUAUUUCUAUAGGUAAUGUGCUCUCCAUCCUUUUGCUACUCUUACUUGUGCUCUAACAGCUAUUAAAGUAUCAAAUAUAGCCAUUUGCUAUUAGGGUUUACUCAUUUAAAAAAAACAACAUUGGAUUAAUGAAACCAUUGUGAACAAAGAGAAUUAUAGUCUAAAAUGUGCCAGCUUUUCUCUACACAAUUUUUUUUUUUUUACAGACUGCAGUAACUUGCAGUUGCCAUCUCCCAACCAAAUGACUUAUGUGCCAUGCUUGGUUUUUGUGUCUGUGUUUGUGCAUCCAUCUACACAAUUUCUACACUUACUGCCCCUCGCAUUAAUUUCUGGUAACCUCAUGGAGAAUGUCUAUGCAGUGUUCAAAUAAGUAGAAUUUAAAUAGACACUCCAGACCCCUAAAGCACUUUAGCUUGCUGAAAAGCUUUGUGUGAAGAGUGUUUCCUCUUUUCUUUCAUUUGCAAAAAGUGCAGAUUUCAAUAGAAAUUGACACUUUUACUCAACCCCGGCUUUUCCAGCAGACAACAUAUCCUGUUACUUCUUGGUUUGGUUAGCAUAUUUGCACUGAACUCAAGAAACGGCAAUUACCAAGAGCAUCUGCCUUGCAAAGACUUCACAUUAAGCUGCAUUGGGAAGUCUGUAAUUGAACAGUCACAUAAAGUCUGGGCGGGUUUAGAAGAGGAGGGCUUGCAAAAGCGCAGACAAGAUCUGCACUUUUUCAAGCUCUUUUUAGGUAUACCUCCAAUGAAAAAUAUGCACAAUUAAAUGCAUGCAUGUUGUCAUUUGGGGUAUGAAUACUAAACUGUGAUUUAUAUUUUAUAUUUGGGCAGUGAAGUGUCCCUUUAAAGUAAUGUUAAUGUUAAUUUUCUCAUGAUUUCACAAGGCACAAUGUGUAGAGUAUGCAUACGACUAGAUGUGGAUGAGAGUCCCUCUCCAUAUAAGCAGGGACUCAGGCUAGUACGUUUUUAAGAUAUCCGUUCUUUCAGCUGCCAAUUAACACGCAAUUCCCAUUGGUUUUCUGCUGUAUUUUUCAGCUAUCCUGCUGUCUGUGAAUUUCUCCAGAGCAACAAUCUCCUGUCGGUUAUUCGAGCUCAUGAAGCGCAGGAUGCUGGGUAAAAUCUCUCAUUCCUUUUAGCCUGCUAGUUUGAGUUGUCUAAGACAAGAUCUACAACUUUUUAGUUCAAAAUGCCACCAAAACAAGAGGAUUUGGAUAAAGAGGGACUGCUAUUGUGUCCAGUAAUUGCUAGGAAUCAAGAGUAGGCCACGAGGUCUUGACAAAUUGGGACUCUCUCAGCAUCAUUUGAUAUCUAACUUGCUUUACAUAAACAAACUAUAAUUGUGCUUUACCCAUAUGUUGCCAUUCCCAUUCAAACCCAUACAAUUUGGCAAGGCUGAAAUUUACAUAUUCACCAGUAAUUUGACAACCUUAAUGUAUGCCAAGGACAAAUCUGUGUGGUUGUUUUGGUUAUCUUGGGCAAACAUAGGCUGAUCGAUUACCUGCUUGGUAAGGCUGUUACUGGUGUGGUUUUGCUACUGAUGCUCAAAACAGUAUUGUCCACUUCCCUUCAUCUGUAGGUACCGCAUGUACCGUAAGAGUCAGACCACUGGCUUCCCCUCUCUCAUCACCAUCUUCUCUGCACCAAAUUAUCUUGAUGUGUACAACAAUAAAGGUGAGACUACACACAACAGUGUAUAUGUGUGGCAUUGUUUCUGAGGAAUGUGUGUUUGAAUAGUGAUUUAUCUUGGUUGUGUCUGAGGUGUGAAUGAUCAGGAUUUAGAGAUUAGUGCGUGUACAGUGUGUGUAAAGUGAAGGUGGCAUUACUACUGUCUGCAGUGUAGGUAAAGUCAUAGUGGUUUUGCUACUGUCUGCAGUGUAGGUAAAGCAAAGGUGGCCCUGUUGAUGCCUACUGUAAAUAAACUGAUGGUGGAUUUGCUGCUGUCUGUAGGGUAAACAAAGUGAAAUUGCGAUUGCUGCUGUCUGUCUCGAGGGUAUGUAAAGCGAAGGCAGCUUUGCUUGUAAAAUGAAAGUGACAUUGCUACUGUCUGCAGUGUAUAUAAAGUGUUGACAUCUACUGUGUAUCUAAAGUGAAUCUGGCAUUCAUACUGUCUGUAUUGUGUGUAAAGGUAAAAUAUUGCUGCUGUACUCUGCAAUUUAUAGGUGGUGUAACACUGCUUGCAGUGUAUAUAUAAAACGUGUGUGUGUAUAUAGUGUUAAAAAAAUGGCUGCUGUGUGCAGGAUGAUGUUGCAGUAUGUAUAUGGGGGGUGAGAGAAGCACACUGCAGUGUGCUAAGAGAGAAACUUAGCAAGGUGCAUAGAGGUAGAAAUAGCAUAAAAUAUUUUGAGAUGUAGGAGCACACUACACUAUAUAUAGAGACACGUGUGAUUUUAUUUUUUUUUGAAAUGUAUUUAUUUUUAAAUUUUUCUCUUUUAAACAUUUACCCCUUUUUCUUCCUGCAGCUGCAGUGUUGAAAUACGAAAAUAAUGUAAUGAAUAUUCGUCAGUUUAACUGCUCUCCGCACCCUUACUGGUUGCCAAACUUCAUGGAUGUAUUCACCUGGUCCUUGCCCUUUGUAGGGGAGAAAGGUAAUAAGCCUCAUGCACACCGCAUCAUACAUACAGCCUCAUAAACACAAUUACAAAAUCUGCACACAUCCUCAUACACACAGAUAUAAAUACAGUUACAAUAUUUGCACAGAGUCUCAUAAGCACAGUUAUAAUAUGUGCACACGGUCUCAUACCCACAGAUAUGAUAUGUGCACACUGUCUCAUACACACAGAUAUAUGUGCACAUGGCCUCAUACACACAGUUACGAUAUGUGCACAUUGCCUCAUACACAGUUACGAUAUUAUGAUUAUAUUUAUAUAGCGCCAACAAAUUCUGUAGCACUUUACAAUGGUUGGACUAACAAACAUGUAAUUGUAACCAGACAAGUUUGACACACAGAAACAGAGGGGUUGAGGGCCCUGCUCAAUGAGCUUACAUGCUAGAGGGAGUAAGGUAAAGUGACACAAACGGUAAGGGAAGUAUUAGGGAAGUAGAUUGGUAGAAUAAUAUUCAAUGAAGACUUAGUGUGGUUUUUUUUUUUGAGCCAUUAACAGUUUCAUUGAUAUGCUUUUGUGAAAAAAGGGAGUUCUAAUAAUUUUUUUUUUUUUUUUUCAAUGUCUUAAAUUUUUAUUGAAAUGUUUUUUCGUUUUCUUAUCACAAUCAUCAGAUCGGAAGAACAUAAGGGGGGAUGGGGGGGGGGGUACAGAAAGCAAAAAGGAGGGGAUGCGGGUAAUACAUAGAUCCAUACAGGUUACUUGACUACGCAGGUCAAGUAUUACAGUUCAAAUGCAAAUUCAAAGUACACCUUCAAAGUACAAAUUUCAAAGUACGAAUGCACACAUGAGAUACAAUUAUUGCAUGUAUAGGAGCGUAGGUGAUGGGUAGUGUAGGUUAAUUAGGGGAACCUUCGAGUGGCGUCUAGAUCAUGAUGGUUGAGACUUUGGAAAACUGUGUUCCACAUCGACAUACACUGCCACUGUCAAUUGUUAGGUAGGGGUGUGUUUGCUGGCCUAACUAGCUAAAUCCAAACAAAUAUCCUAACCCUAUUUAGUACAGUUUGUUAACAAAGCCUGAUAGAUUUCCAGUCUGGCUACUUCUAUGGGGUAUUUUAUUUACCGUCUAUGUACCUAGGCUACUAGUUACCUCUUUAUCUGGCCUGUUUUUUAAGUUGACUUCUGCACCCAUGGGUAGACAGUUGAGUGAGGUUGUGUAGGUGAACAUGGGGUACUGCGAUGUGGUGUAGUUUCAUCGAGGCCCUAAAGGGGUACUGGCGUUGGUCUCUAGAUCCCUGGUUGGUCUCUAAACCGGGUCCAGCGCUGCCAUUGCCUGAUAUAGAUAUGUUCUUUGCUACGAAGGCGGCUGGCCAUUCGUUCGAAAUUGCAUGUAGUGUCGAGGCGUGUUAGGACUUCUGUUAAAUUUGGGCUUUGCUGUUGUUUCCAUCUGUGUGCUAUCGCAGUUUUGGCAGCAAGUAGACAGUGAGUGAGUAUGUGUAGUUCGUCUUCCCUGGGAGAAUGAGGGAAGAUGUGAAGUAGGUAGCAUUCUGGGGAUUUCGGUACUGUUAUUUUCAUCUCUUCCAAGAGGAACUGUUCAAUUGCGUCCCAGAAUGUGUCUAUUUUGGGGCAUGUCCAGAAUACAUGAAGUAGUGUGCCUACAGUGGUUUGGCAUCUCCAGCACAUGGAGGAUGUGUUGGGGUAAAUAUGCCCUAGGCGUGAGGGUACCAUGUACCAUCUCAUUAGAAUUUUACAAAACGCCUCCCUGUGGGCCAUGCUGUAUGUGGAUUUCCUUAUUCUACCCAGAGCCUUCCGCCACGUGUCUUGGCUAAUUUGUGUUUGGAGAUCCUUCUCCCAGGAGCUCAUGUAUGGGGGAAUCUCCUUGUUCGCUAGGUUCAUGAGAGAGGUGUAACAGAAAGACAACGCUUUAAUGCCUUUAAGUUUUCCUUGACACUUAAGGAGAAAUCGUGGUGGUGGGAAUUUUCUGUUUCUAUGUAGUUUGUGAACCUGUAGGAUGUUUUUAAUGCGUAGGUAUGUGAAUAGUUCCCUAUCCGGGAGAGUGAAUGUCUGUUGUAGUGUUGGGAAGGCUAUCACUCCCGCAUCAUUGAUCAGGGAGCUCACAUUGAGAAUGCCCUGUCGUACCCAGGUGUCAAGGCAUAGAUCGUUGGUGUGAAGUGUCAGUGAUUGCAAGGGCGCGGCGUGGAGGAGGUCUCUACCUAUAUCCAGCUGUAGGGUCGACUGUCUCCAUAUACGGAGCAGCAGUUUCGUCGGGGGUAGGUUAUUGGCGACUUGUAGCUGUCUGUCCGAGCAUGCCCAAAGGGCAUCCUCCAUCGUUCCUUUUGUCAUGCAGGCAUUUUCCAAUGCCAGCCAGAUGGGGGUUGCCAAGCCUUCCAGUAUCGUGAGGCCCUGUGCUAGUAUUGAUGCUUUGUAAUAUAGCUGAACGUUGGGUACACUAAGGCCUCCUUCCGGAAGGGGUCUCCAGAUCAAUUUAUGUGAGACUCGGGGAGGUUUUCUCUUCCAAAUAUGUGCAUUUAUGAUUGAUUGGAACCUUUUCACUAGCGCGUUAGGGAUCGCUAUCGGCAGUGUACGAAAGAGGUAUAAGAUGUGUGGCAGGAUCAUCAUCUUAACAGUAUUAAUGCGCCCCAGCCACGAGGUUCCUUUAUCGUCCCAUUGUUUAAGUUGAAGAUCUAGUUUCUGCAGAAGUGGGAUAUGAUUCACUUUUGUGACUAAUGUGGGUGGGGAAGGCAAUUGAAUACCUAGGUAUGAAAUCGAAGUUUUACGCCAAUCGAAUGGGUAUUUGGAUUUGAGGGUUUGUAGUGUGUGGUUUGGUAUACGGAUUGCUAAUGCUUGUGAUUUUUUCGCAUUAUUCUUAUAAUAUGACACUUUGCCAUAACUGUCCAAAAGUGCCAAGAGAUUGGGGAGGGAUCUGGAGGGAUCAGUAAUGAAUAGUAGGAUGUCGUCCGCAAAUAGAGCGAUUUUCAUAGUUCCUAUUGGUGUAUGUAGUCCCUGAAUCGUGUCUAGUGAUUUGAUAUGUUUAACCAGUGGCUCCAGGCAGAGGAUGAAUAUCAGUGGAGAGAGAGGGCAGCCUUGCCUGGUGCCAUUGGUUAUUUGGAAGGGCUUGGAGAGAAAGCCGGUGUUAUAUACCUUGGCCGAAGGGUUAGAGUACAGGGUCAUUACGCUCUUUUGGAAUGAGGGGGGGAACCCCAUUCUGGUCAACACUGCUGUCAUAUAGGACCAAUUUAGGCGAUCAAAUGCCUUUUCGGCAUCGAGUGCUAGUAAUAUGCCCUGUUGUUGGGUUUUUUGUGCCCAUUGGAUUAGGUUUAGGAAAUGGCGUGUGUUAUCUCCUGGUUGUCUUGUAGGGACAAACCCAGCUUGUUCUUGUGAGAUCAUAUCUAGGAGCAGCGGCUUAAUGCGAGUGGCUAAGAGCUUUGUGUACAGUUUGGUGUCAGCAUUUAAUAAAGAGAUUGGUCUAAGGUUAGCGCAUUCCGUUGGGGGUUUCCCGGGCUUCGGGAGUGUUAUCACGUGUGCAAGGAGCAUUUCGGGCGGGAUGUUCCCAGUGUCUUUGAUGUGGUUAAAGAGCUUGGUGAGAUGUGGUGUUAGUUGUGUGUUAAACGUCGUGUAGAAGGAGUUCUGGAAUCCGUUUGGGCAAUAAGCUAAUGGUCUUAUGCACUUCUUCCUCCGUGAAUGGUGUUUGGAGGUAUGUUUUUUGAGCGUCUGUGAGGAGGGGUAGGUCUACGCUGCUUAGAAAGUCUAGGAUUUCGUCCUUGGAUGGCUGGUGUGUAUCGUUCGAUCUAUGUAGAUUAUAUAGCUUGUCAUAAUAAGAGGCUAGUUCCUCCACUAUAUCUUGGGGGUUGUAUAGCUUAUGUUUGGUAGCUGAGGUCAUGUAUGGUAGUUUAGACUGCAGGUGACGUGUUUUCAGGCGACGUGCCAGUGACUUGCCCGCCUUAUUACCUUGCAUAUAAUGAAUUAAGUUGAGUUUACGCAUUUGCCUUUCCAUAGUGGUUAGGGCCAGAGCAUGUAGCUCCGAGUUUAUUUUGUUAAUUUGUUUCGUCAAUUUGUUGGAUGGGUUGAGUUUGUUUUUUUCCUCAAUCUGUGUAAGUUCUUCUAGCAGGCGCUCUUUGUUUUGAUUGCUCUUCCUUUUACGGUUUGCUCCUGCUUGUAUAAAGAGGCCUCUAAGCACUGCCUUGAGAGCUAGCCAUUGUGUAGGGAUAGAGGUCUCAUCAUUUGUAUGGUCUUGGUAGAACAGUGUAAUCGUAUUAACUAGUUUUAUAAGUAGGUCAGCAUCGUUUAGUAGGGCGUCAUUUAGUCUCCACAUGCUUCUACCUCUAACAGGGUAUAGGGUUUUGAACGUGGUGGUGACCGGGGCAUGGUCUGACCAUGUCCUAUUCCCAAUCCUCACAUCCGCUACAUUUUGUAGUGUUAUAGCGUCGACCAGACAUAAAUCAAUGCGUGAGUACGUAUGGUGAACUGGUGAGAAAUAAGUAUAGUCCCUCCCGCUAGGAUAUAAGCUACGCCAUGUAUCAUAAAGAUUGUGUGUGUGGAGGAGUGUGGCAAGUUUGCGGCUUAGUGACGUGGCUUGGUGUAGUGGUCUUUUUCCUUGGGCCCUCUGUAUGUCCAGGUUUGGAUCCAGUGUGCAAUUGAAAUCCCCACAGAUAAUAGUGUGCCCUUGCCUAAGAGCUGCCACUUUGUUGAGUGCGGAUUUUAAAAAGGAGGCCUGGGCUUCGUUUGGGGCAUACAACGAGGCCACUGUGAUUGCGAUGCCAUUCAGCGUACCCACCAAUAUUAAUAACCUUCCCAAUUUGUCCUGAUAUAUCCCUGUCUGUUGAAAAACCCAGUCUUGUUGGAACAAUAUAGAGACGCCUUUGGAUUUGUGUGGUGAGAGUGCAUGGAAAGUUUGAGGGUAACCGGUUGGUUGAAAAGUCGGAGGGUGAUGUGUGCAUAGGUGCGUUUCCUGUAAGCAGACUAUUGCUGCUUUAGAGUCAUGUAUCUCUUUAAUUGCUGCAUGUCUCUUGAACGGGCUAUUCAGGCCGUUAACGUUUAGUGAGAGACACUUGAAUUGAUGUCAUAUGUUGGGCUGUAAGAGAGCGAUAUGUGGCCGCGUAACCUGAGAGUAAAAGCUGCUAUUGCGCCUGCUCCAAAAACUAUAUUCAAUGCAGAUGGGAACAGUAUGGUGACCAUUAGUGUCAUAUACCCGGGAUCUAUUCGGUGGCAUGUUACCUUGAUUAUGGGAUGAGUAGAAAUAAUUUUUUUUUUAAUGGAGUAGAGAGUGGGUGAGCGUCUAACGGAAAAGGAAAUAGAGUUCCACAGGAACGGUGCAGCCCUAGAGAAGUCUUGAAGGCGAGCAUCAGAGGGGGAUGUACGAACAGAGGAUAGACGCAGGUCUUCUGCAGAGCGUAGGAGCCUUGACAGGGACAUACUUGUGUAUUGGGGAGGAUUAGCAUUAUAUAUAGAUUUGAAAGCAAGAACCAGAAUUUUAUAUUGAGCCCUAUAAUCUUAUGGGAAGCCAAUGCAGGGACUGACAGAGGGAUGAGGUGCGGGCAGACAGGAAGAUGAGCCUCGCCGCCGCAUUCAUUAUAGACUGUAACGGCGCAGGUUGGGAGCACGUAAGACCAGUGAGAAGCGGAUUGCAGUAGUCAAAGCGAGAAAGGACAGUGGCAUGGACCAGCACCGUAGCCGCAUCUGGCGUUAAGUAGGGGCGGAUGCGCGCAAUGUUUUUGAGAUGGAAGCUGCAGGAUUUGGCAAUCGACUGGACAUGAGCGGUGAAGGAGAGGUCGGAGUCAUAGAGAAUAUCUAGGCAACGAGCCUGCGUGGUGGAUCUGAUGGUAGCACCAUUAACGUGGAGACAGACAGACACGGGAGUAGCAACACUUGAGGGAGGAAAGACCAGAAGUUCUGUUUUGGACAAGUUGAGCUUAAGGAAAUCGGCAGCCAUCCAGUUAGAAAUAGCAGAGAGGCAGUCAGAGACACAAGUUAAGAGUGGUGGGGAGAGAUCCGGGUAGGACAGAUAGAUUUGCGUUUCAUCUGCAUAGAAGUGAUAAUGGAAGCCAAAGGACCUGAUGAGUUUACCAAGGUGGCAGUAUAGAUCGAGAACAGUAGGGGACCAACGACUGAACCUUGGGGGACACCAACAGAGAGAGGUUGUGAUGAAGAGGCAGAGCCAGAGAAAGAAACUCUAAAAGAGUACUUGUUGAGGUUGGAGGAGCAUCAGGAGCAGUAUAUCGUAGACCGAGAUUAUGGAGGAUUAGAAGAAGCUGUUGAUGAUCAACAGUAUCAAAAGCAGCGGAAAGGUCCAGGAGAAUUAGGAUAGAGUAGUGACCAUGAUAUUUUGCAGCAAACUGCCUCAUACAUACAGAUUAGAUAUGUGCAUACUUCCUCAUACAUAUAGUUACGAUAUGUGCACACUGCCUCAUACACACAGAUACAAAAUGUGCACACUGCCUCAUACACACAGAUACAAAAUGUGCACACUGCCUCAUACAGUUACGAUAUGUGCACACUGCAGAAGAGUGGGAAGAGGAAGGGGAGGAGUAGGAGCUGAUGCACGAUAGCAGGGACAGGCAGAAGCAGGUAAACGUGGAGCAGAGCACUUGUAAAAUAGGAGAAAGAAAGGUUAUAGGCAGGACAAGGAGAGACUUGUUGUUGGCUAAUUAAUAAGUGGGCUAACUAGCUCAGCCUUGCUUUUGGACAUUGCCAUAAGGAAGGUAAAAGAAAAGCAUUAGCAGAGUAGCUAUAUAAUAAUAGAUAACAGAAGAUUUCAUAAGAAUUCAAGUUUGGCACAAUGUUGUAAAACAAUGUCAUCACAAGUCCAGUUUUAGUCCAGGUUUCAAAAGUAUUCUGUUGGUAUAGAACUGGGUAAUACCUAAAUCCUGGGCCAGUGAUGACUAGAAUUACUUCACUAAAGGAUUUCAAUCACCUUGAAGAAUUUCAAAUCCAUAAUCAAUUCAAAUUAUCCAUAUGCUACAGGAAAAAUAUGAAAAGAGACAACUUAAUGGUGAACCUAGAACUAUCAUAAAAAUCUUAAGUGUGCCCAUAUGUUUUGUACAGAUUACGUACCAAGUGUGACAAUACCAUGUUGUCUCUUUACAUAGAUCUGUUAAUAACUCUUUCAUAUCUGUGUGUGACCAAGCCUCUCAAUUGCAACACAUUUUAUUUUUGAGGAACUAAAGAGAUACGAUAAUGUCUCUUUAGAGAAGUACUCAAGUAGUAAAAAUAUAAUGUGACCUAAAACAUUUUAUUUAUAGUCUCAAUAUUUUGGGUUACUAUGCUGUGUAACACUCAAUCAAUGAAAGUGUAUGCAAGUACAAAAUCAUUGUCCUUCCCAGAUAUUAACUUAUUUCACCUUUCACAUAGAGAGACAAUGAAUUCAACAUGCAAAAGCAAAUUUUACCCAAAAUGUUGCCAUUAAUUUUCUAGAACUACAAUUUUAACCUGACAUUCGCAGUUUCCUGUACAUUUCCUAUUUCGUGUGAAUUUCACUGAAACUUGAAUAGUCACGGAUAGUGGGCCUCGAACAUGUUUAUUCUAAAACCAUGAAAAAAAAUGGGAAUUGGGGGCACACCCAGAACAUGCAUUUCUAAGAUGUUGGACCCAUCGAUAUUGGGGUCCUGUAACAUAGUGAUGGGCUUAACCCAAUAUGGCUAUAUGGUGAAACCGAAUCCCCAUAUUUGCUAAGAUAGGGGAUUUUAAGUAGCCUUGUUUAAUGUUGUUUGUAUGUGUGCGCUGUUCCUUUUACUGUAUUCUCUAAACCUGGGGUAGGCAACCAUCGGCACUCCAGAUGUUCAGGACUACAUCUCCCAUAAUGCUCUUACAGUCAUAAUACUGACAGUAUCAUGGAAGGUGCAGUCCAAAACAUCUGGAGUUUACAAGUUUAUUCACCAUACUGAGAAAAGGCAUUGACCAGAUAUUUUCAAAGGUUUGGGCUAACCAACCAAUAAGACCCCCGCUCCAUUUUCCAUUUCAGCCCACACUAAAAUCUACAGUUACCAGUUUAGUGAAUAACUCUGCAAAUAGUUUCUGAACGCCUCUUACUCUGAAACACAGGUCUACUUUCUUAGCGUUACAUAUGUUCAUUCUUUUCUUUUACCAGACUGGGUCUUCAAUAUCAAUAAAACCUUUAGUAGCUGUUUAUGGGUAGUUUACUUUAAACCAGAGUCUGUGAGAGUUGUAAGACUAUUUGCUGGUUCUCAUUAUUCAAUGACCACAAGUAAAGGAACAUCACAAUGUAGAAAUGAGGAACUGUUUACCAUAUCUGUAUCUUGUUUCCUACCUAGAUAUUUUGCUUUUAAAACUAUAUUUAUCAGUUCUCAGCAUGAUGCUCUUGUAUUCAGAUUAAAGUAGCUCUGUCACUUGACAGCUUCUUUAGAUAAAUCUGUUAAAAAAAAAAAAAAAAACAAUGUUCAAACAUAAUUAUUUUAUUAAUACAAAUUUAUUUUAAUUACUAUGUGAUCAGAUGUUAAAGACACAGAGGUGAUUUAUUUUCUAAAUACAAUUUAAACGGAAGGGUUAAGUUAAACAUGUAUGGCAUCAAUAUAGCCAUAACAAAGUUAAACUGAUGUUAAAUGUGGUGAUCUGAAGGUACUUUUUAAAGGGGCACUCCAAACCCCUAAAGCACUUUAGCUUGUUCAAGUGCUUUUUGUGUAAAAAGUGUCAUCUUUUUGUAAAAUGAAAAAAAGUGUAAAUUUUAUUAGAAAUAUACUUUUUUUUUGUUUUACAUUUAUUUAAAUCAAUUGACAUUGUUAAACUCCAUGGCUAUCAACCAAAAAGAGAAAUGAAGAGGCAGCAAUCGUUCAGAGACCCUGCCUUGCAAACACGUCUCAUUGAGCUGCCUUGGGAAGUCUAUGUUUGGACAGCCACAGAAAUCCUAUGGUAGGGAAGAAUCGAAUGGCUUGCAAAGGAUCUGCAGAUUUUGCAAGCUGCUUUUAGAUAUACCCCCAUUGGAAAGUAACGCAUAAUUAAAUGCAUGUUUUCAUUGGGGAUAUACUAAACAGUGGAGUACAUUUUCUUGUGCAUGUACAGAUAUAAAAAAUAGCAUUAGUAUGCAUUAAUAGAUCUAGUUAAUAACACAAAAAGCCAUCGGCUAUAGACCCUCCAAGAGUUUGAGAAGUGCACAAAGGGGGGUUGUCCCUUCUAGGCCCUCAAACCAGGUAUGUGAUAACGGACAGCCCGGGAGUUUGGUAGUCCGUAGUCAGCUUGGACUUCCACCAUGGUUCCUUCGAAAAUUUAAGUACAGAAGCUUUCAUCUGAGCACGACCAUGAAUAGAUCACUGGACAUCAGGUGAGUUCUGGAGUAGGCCCUGCCUCGUACAGUCAACAUGGGCGGCUUCUGGCUGCGACUUAACUGUAACCAGAAAUCCUAAAAUAACUUGUCCAGCCAAGCUAAACUGAUAUCUGCCAAGCCUCUGGUAGUGGACGAGUAUGUGUUGUCUGCCAUCUUAGAGUGGUGCUCCAGGUCGCGUGUUGCUUAGACAUUGAUAGGGUCUCGGUUCUUCUAGUGGUAAAUAGAAAAAAAUCAAUAACCCUCACUGCCAGGGAUAGAAACGGAGUCCUGUGUUUCGUCCUCUGAUCCCAGAAGUAGUACUGAUGGGGAGAUUGGACGCUUCUCACACUUCCAUGCUUUAAAGUAGGCCUCUGAAUUAAGUCCCGGCGUGAGCAGAAAUGCCUCAAAGAGUUAGCUUGCUAGUGUUCAAGUUGUCAUGAUCUUAUGAAAUGGUUGUUUUCUCGAUCAAAUAGCCGCAAUAAGGACACUAUAAGGAGUUUUCUUUCAGGAGUCACUCAAGAUGCGACCGAUCAGUAUGACAGUCAGGCCCCAUCCCUGAUAUUGAUUUAAUAUUUUUGGAUAAGCUUUUCAAAUGAUUUCAGCAAGAUCCAGCAAUAUAUAAAGAUAUAAAUGUUUGGUAUAAAAUGACUCACAAAUUCCCCGUGAAACAUUCUCAUUACCUGCUUAUGCCUAUACUAAGAAGUAUAUUAUCCCCCCCAUCGGGGGAAAAAACAAUCUUGAUAGAUUUUCUUCACUUUGUUCCAUAAAAAUCAAUUGUUUAAUUUUUCAGAACUACCCUAGGAAGUUCCAUACACCACUUUAGAUUUUUUUUUAUAUAUAUAUAUAUAUAUAUAUAUGUCAAAAUCCAGUGUUCUUAAUAUAUAUUUUUAAAUUGUAAUAUUUUUGUUGUGCAAAUGCUAACACAUAUGCUCGCAAAGCCGCAAUGGCAAGCCCAGUAAGAACAGGAAAAAACAUUAGCAUGGCAUGUAGAGUAACAGCACAAUUUAAAUUUUUUUUUUAAUUAUUAUUAUUUUUUAGAUUAAAGUAGAUCAAAAUGAGAAAGGUCGCUUCUAAAACGUAGAACAAGUUGAGCAGUGAGGACUCGUUUAACAGAAUUGCAUGGAUAAUUAUUUGCUUAAGAAUAAAAUAAAACUAAAUCUUGCCAUUUUGAGUAAAGACCCCUGGGCCCCAGAGAAACACCCAGCCCGUCGGAGAGGUAAAAAUGGCCCCUUUAAUAACUGCCCAUUAGCCCGUGGAGAGGCGACCUCAGUCCCCAAGCAGUCACCGCCAAUGCACAGUUCCAACCUUCAGUCGCAGGCCAUUAGCAGGGUAUGGACAGUCUAUCUGCCACAAAGGCCAUACGAGCUAGGCAGGAUGUAGGGUGGAGUAGCAGUGCUUCUGGAGCUGUACUGGGGUAGCUAUAUGCAGUAAGUAGAUGGCAUUUCGGGCGGUCUGCUAUAAUCAUGCAUGUAGUCCAGCCUUGAUCAGCAAGCAGCCUGAGAGCCCUCGGAGCCACACUGUUGGGCAGACUACCUCCACCCGGGCCCCGGUGUCAAUUGUUAGCGCCUCAGGAGCCAUAUAGAAGUCUGCGUAUAUUGCCCAUAAUUGCACACAGGAGGCGUCAAGAGCCCCGAGAGAGAUCCACCUCUCCACGGAGUGCCCGGAGACAAAACUGGCACAGCCACCAGGAUAGCUGCCAGCAGGGCCCAAGGGUAGGCUGGGAUGACCCACAGGGGGGUAAACCGGGCCAGCACCACUCAGGGUGAGGGGUUCAUUAUGUUGCAGCUAGGCAGUAGGCCUCAGACACAGAGCUUGUACUUUACCCCUAGAGGGGCCAAAACACAGAUUUCUGGGCAAACACCUCUUAGUGCUUUUAACUCCUGUGUCCUGUUGUCCAGUGAGGAGUCAAAAGCUUUUUUUUGGAGCCGUAUUGUUCGAAAAUCGCAGGAGCGAUUAAUCACUUGAAUAACAUUUCCAAAGUAUUAAUCUUCUAGGCCAGUGUGUCACAUAUCCAUCUGACACUUUCCCCUUACCUGGUGCUCAGCGGCCGGAAGCUUGCAGUCCUGACUGUCUCAGCAUACAGUUUAGCACCGGCCGUUGCACAUCCACAGGCAUAAAUAAUCCCGCGCGCACACAUUUUGGAGCCAAAAUACCGAGCUGACCAAUGGGAAAGGGAGGAUGGAUAUAAAAACCUAGUCUAACCUCCACUCAGUGCCCUGUCGUGAUUUCCCAUGUGGUUGUCCGAGAGCGCGUUCCUGUUUAUAGUUUUCUACUGGUUUUUGACUUUGGCUUUGCUUAUUGACUUCUCUGUAUUCUGAUAUCCUGACUCCUGGCUUUCCUCAUCGUUGCGUCCCUUUCUGUGUUCCCUGACCUCGGCUAGUAUUUUGACUAUUCUGUGUACGUUAAAUCCGGCCAUUCUAAGGACUGGUAAUACGUUACUUAUUUGUCAUUCAGGCUAUACAGUUCUACGUGCUGGAUCAUACAGUAAUCCUGAUAUUACGACAUGGCCAUAGAUCCUGUAGAACUGUGUCAGGAGGAGAAUGAUAACCGCAUGGAUCAAUUUGCUCAGGCUUUCAGUAUGCUUCUCGCUAGAACGGCGCAUCUGCAGCGUCUCCUCCCAUAGCACCUCAAACCUGUGUACCUCCACCCACUGUUAAUAGGACUCCCAGCAUCUCCUUAUCACCAUCCCUACAUUUUGAUGGCAAUAUCCAGGAUUGCAGGGGAAUUCUUAAUCAGGUGGAGUACCAUUUUGAGGCCUCACCAGGGUUGUUCCCCCACGGACAGAGCAAAAAUUGGUUAUCUAAUGAAUCAAUUAAAGGACAAGGCCCUUGCCUGGGCUAAUCCGUUAUGGGAGAGUAAUCUGAGCAUUGCUCAUAAUUACCAGGAAUUCCUUGCUGAAUUCAAGCUCACGUUUGAACCUUUGGGUAGAGAGGAUGACGCCUCCACUGCCCUAAUGCACAUCAGACAAGGUAACCGGUCUAUCUCGGAUUAUGCUAUUGAAUUCCGUACCUUAGAUUCCAAGGAAGACUGGACUAACAAUGGGUUAAUCUCAGCAUUCAAAAAGGGUCUCUCUGAGACUAUACUAGAUGAGAUAGCCGCUAAAGAAUUACCAAAGAGUCUUAACAAAUUUAUUACGUUUGUCAUGCAUAUUGAUAAUAGGUUAAGACUCAGAGAAGUCACCAGAAGCAAGACCAGACGUACGGCUAUGUCCCUAGCACCCCGAUUCUCUAAACCUGUUUUGUCUAACCUCCCUGUACAGUCCGAACCCGAACCUAUGCAGUUGUGGGGUCACUAGACUGUCGGAAGCCGAAAGACAGUAUAGGAGAAAGGAGGGGUUAUGCCUAUAUUGCGGUAGAAAGGGACAUGAUUGCCCAGUGCGUCCGGAAAACUUCCGCACCUAAGAACCUUAAGGGGACAGGUCUUGGGUGUGAUGGAGUUGUCCUCUAACAAAAAUAAAAGUAGAUUCCUCCUUGAAGUAUCUUUCCCUUGAUAACAAGAAGUUUUCUUGCAGUGCCCUAAUGGACUCAGGUGCUGCUGGAAAUUUAAUUGAUGUCCAGUUUGUUAGGGGUAAUGAGAUACCAGUCAGGGAGAGACCUACGCCGCUAGCUGUAGAGGUUAUUGAUGGUAGACCACUCACACAACCGCUUAUAACCCACAAAACUGUCCCUAUUACGGUCUCUAUUGGGGCCUCCCAUAGGGAGGAGAUGACGUUUCAGAUUAUUUCUUCUCCAUCAUGUCCCAUCAUAUUAGGGUUUCCGUGGCUGAGUAAGCACAAUCCCUAUAUUGACUGGGCUAAUGGGGAAAUAUUGGAAUGGGGUAAGAAGUGUAUUGGGAGAUGUAUGAAACCAGUAAUAAAGAGAUUGGGUACUAUUGACAUUUCCCACUACCACUUCCCAAACCCCUGGAGUUCCCAUACAAUACCGAGAACUUCAGGAGGUGUUUAACAAGGCUCAAUCUGAUGUAUUGCCUCCCCACAGAGCAUAUGACUGUGCCAUUAACCUGUUUCCAGGCCGCUAUGCCACCUAAGGGGGCAGUUUAUGCCUUAUCUCCCCAGGAGAGUAAAAUAAUGGACCAGCUGGUGCAGGAUUCUUUUUGUUUCGAAAAAGGGUGGUGAGUUACGUCUUUGCAUAGACUACAGGGCACUUAAUAAAAUCACUGUAAAAAAUGCAUACCCUAUCCCACUCAUUUCCGAAUUGUUCGAUAGACUACAGGGGGCUAAAGUAUUUACUAAGCUCGACCUUAGGAGCACUUACAAUUUGGUUAGAAUUAAAGAGAAUCAUGAGUGGAAGACGGCAUUUAAUACCCGUAGUGGACACUAUGAGUAUCUGGUAAUGCCAUUUGGGUUAUGCAACGCCCCGGCCGUAUUCCAAGACUUUAUAAAUGAUGUACUCAUGGAAUUCAUUUACUCAUUUGUCUUGGUUUAUUUGGACGAUAUUUUUAAUUUUUAUUUUUUUUAAAAUUUUUUAAUUCUUUAUUUUUGUCGUGCAAGAAUUUACAACAGUGUCUGUGUAGCCACAACAGCUGUAACAGACGCAGUCAAAUAUAACAUAGUAAAACAUGUUCGUGGCAUAAGUUAACUCAGCACGUUUUUGUAAUUUAGUGAACAGGAAAGACAACCUUAAGCAGUGUACGGUUCAACACAUGUAUGGGCAAAAGCGUUUAAGUAGCUGGGUCACAUGUUGGUUUACGCCUUUAUGUGAGGUAUACAGUAUUGUAUUCCAGCAGUGUUUGUGGGUGUCGUGGUAUAUGUGUCGCUUGGGGCCUAUCUGCUAAGCAGCAGCUUGAUAACAUUUUGCAGCACUAAGCCAGCUAAAGUAUAGUAGUGGCCUAAGUCAGGGCUGAUCCUGUGUGAGUAAUUAAGCAUUAAUCAGGAGCAAUCGUUAGCUGAGGUAUAGUGUAGGACAGAAACAUAGCUGAUCUUAUGGUGCUCCAGCAAUAUUUGUGAGUCCAGGAGCAUAUAUUUCGCUUGGGCCCACCAAUUAAACAGCAGUUUACAGACAUGGCGCAAAGCCAAGCGUACUAGAAGUACAUUAGUUGCUUAAAUUCUGACUAAUCUUAGCUUGUGUACUCAUAUUAUACAAUUGCUGAACUCUGACUUUAGUCCCCCCCGUGCUCCCCUGGGUGAGCAGACCAGAAAACAAAAUAGAAAGCAAAAGAAGUAAAUUAUAUGUUUCAGUAUACAUUCGUGAGCGUUCAAUUGGGGCACAGAGAGCUGUGUGACAGAUGGUAUUAUGCCCAGAUUUGAGUCUUAGUCCCUUUGGGGGUCAGCCGAUGCCUUGUUGGGGCUGUGUAUGUACCUUCUGCGGUAAUCGGUGCAGCUGGUGCGAUCUCCUCGGUGUGAAGGAGCUGAUGUCCCCUAGGCUAUGCAGUGUUGCUGUGGGCACUGAGUGUAGCUCCAGCCAAGCUGUGCGUCGGGGAAGGUUUGCCUGUCUUGGGCUGGGGUAGCUCUGUAUGUACCUUCCUGACGCGGUCACCUCCCCUGGUCCUACUCCCCUCUGCUUCACUUGCUGUAUCUGGGGAGGUCUUGUGCUCAGUUUCGCCUGUCCCCUCCGUUUCACUGCCUUGCAUGGGGGGUGCGAGUACUUGCCCCUCUGCCACCGUCCAGCUUUCGUUUUUUUGGGCCUUGUGACUAGCCUCUGCCCCUGCCUGUUCGGGUUAGCGUCACCCUUGUGAUACAGCUGUUUUUGGGGCUGCGCUGCUGUUUGUCCCCCUCUGGCCUCCUGUGAGGUGCGCUGUGGCAAGGUCUGGAGUGGGGCUCUCAUGCGGGCUUCCAGGGACUCCCAGAAAAUAGCGAAGAUGCUGUUCAGCCGCAUCUCCGUUUCCCGCCAUGCGUCGGAGGUUUCCGCCAUAUUGAACACCGCUGGGUCUGUUAGUUUUGGGCUCCACGGAGCCGAUUCUGGCCCAUUGCUUUGCCAGGGAGUCAGUUGGGGGUAGACCGGGAUAACCCCCACCGGUCCAGAGGGAAUGUGGGCUUGCAGCCAGAUUCCGGGCAUGGCAUUGCAGCUGGGGAGCGGCCGUCUCCCCUGCGCCUGCCAUGCUUGUAGGCCUCAUUGUGAGUUGUGCUCGGUUCGUCGCUGGAGAGGUAUUGUUUUCUUCCCCUCGGUGUCUGCUCUCGAGUGGUAGCUUUAAAUUCACAAUUAAGUGCCUGUGUAACGGUGAAAUUUAGCAUUAAGUGCAGAGUUUAGCAGGAGCUGCUGUGGUGAGCUUCCUCACAGCUCUGCAGCCAGGCCCCGCCCCCCUUGGACGAUAUUUUGGUGUAUUCCCCUGGUCUUCAAACUCACCACUCCCAUGUGAAACAGGUUCUGCAGACGUUGUUGAAAAAUAAACUUUAUUGUAAAUUAGAAAAGUGCAUAUUUGACCAGCCUGAAGUCCACUUUUUGGGUUACAACAUAUCUGCAUCGGGAUUUCAAAUGGAUCCUAAAAAACUAGAGGCUGUACUACACUGGCCAUUACCCUCUGGUUUAAAAGCCAUUCAAAGGUUUAUUGGUUUUGCCAACUAUUACAGAAGAUUCAUCAAGGGAUUUUCUUCUGUAAUAGCCCCCAUCACUAAUAUGACUCGCAAAGGGGUUAGUAGCACGGUAUGGUCCAAAGAGGCUGUGAAUGCUUUUGAGACUCUUAAACAAAGAUUUGCCUCUGCGGACAUACUAAAACAUCCCAACACCAGUAAACCUUUUAUAUUGGAGGUUGAUGCAUCCGAGACAGGGGUAGGGGCUGUUCUCUCUCAGAGAGAAAGCCAGGGAACACCAUUGCAUCCUUGUGGCUACUUCUCCAGAAAGCUGUCUCCUGCUGAGCGCAACUACGAUAUUGGCAAUAGAGAACUGUUGGCCAUUAUUCUUGCCCUCAAGGAAUGGCGACAUCUUUUGGAGGGUUCCAAGGACCCCCUGUUGAUCAUAACCGACCACAAAAACCUGGCGUAUAUAGGGGAUGCCAAACGUUUGUCUUCCAGACAGGCUAGAUGGUCACUGUUCCUUUCACGUUUUAACUUCCUCAUUACUUAUAGACCUGGUUCUAAAAAUACCAAGGCUGACGCCUUGUCCAGGCAAUUUGAUAAUGAAUCAGCUCCGGAACAGGUGACAUCUCCUAUUAUUCCGCCAGAGUGUAUUAUUGCUACUACUGUCCUCUCACUGUCUUCUCCACUGCUUGGCACCAUACUGGAGGCCCAGCCUCAGGCGCCCAGUGGUAAACCGUGUGAUAAACUGUUCGUUCCCCUAUGUGAAAGGGUUAAUAUCAUGAAAGUGUUCCAUGACAAUAUAACUGCUGGACACCCGGGCAUCAAUAAGUCCACUGCCGCGAUCACUAGAUCAUUUUGGUGGGAUUCACUCAGGAAAGAUGUAAAGGAGUAUGUGCAGGCAUGUUCUGUGUGUGCAGUUUCUAAGGUGACUCAUGCACUUCCUUGUGGCCUGUUGCAGCCUCUUCCUGUUCCUGAGAUUCCAUGGUCCCACUUAUCCAUGGACUUUAUUGUUGAGCUUCCUAGCUCUGCUGGGUUCACUACUAUUCUCAUGGUUGUAGACCGAUUUUCUAAGAUGGCUCACUUCAUUCCUCUCAAGAAGUUGCCAUCUUCGCAAGAUUUGGUCCUAAUUUUCAUACGUGAAAUUGUCCGUUUGCAUGGCAUCCCUCACAAUAUUGUGUCUGAUAGGGGCUCUCAGUUUGUGUCCAGGUUCUGGAGGGCAUUCAGUAAACAAUUGGGGAUUGAUCUCUCCUUCUCCUCCUCCUACCAUCCACAAACCAAUGGUACAGCUGAGAGGGCUAACCAGUCAUUAGAAGUUUAUUUGCGUUGUUUUAUUAAUAGCACACAAGACAAUUGGUCCGAACUACUCCCGUGGGCCGAGUUCGCUAGAAACAAUACUGUUCAUGACUCCUCUGGGCACAGUCCAUUUUUUGUCAAUAAUGGUAGGCAUCCUACGGUUCUCCCUGCGGUAUUUUCUGAUACUGCCAUUCCUGCUCUGGAUGAGCGUCUGGCCUCCAUUCGGGAUACCUGGGUUAAGGUUCAAACUGCUCUAGGGGCUGCUGCUGAACGCUUCAAACAUUUUGCUGAUAAGCCUAGGAGUGCCAACCCGGUGUACCAAGUGGGUGACCGGGUUUGGUUGUCGUCUCGCAACAUCAAGCUUAAGGUCCCUAGCAUGAAGUUUGCCCCCAGAUUCCUUGGUCCCUAUAAAUUGCUUCGUAGGAUCAAUCCAGUGUCUUACUCUCUGGAUCUUCCUGCAUCGUUAGGGGUUCCCAACACUUUUCAUGUGUCCUUACUCAAACCUCUUGUCUGCAAUAAAUAUACUGUUCCUUCUGUUCCUCCCACUCCUGUGGUGGUGGGUGGUCAGGAAGAGUAUGAGGUAUCUUCUAUUGUGGAUUCUAGGUUUUCUCGGGGCACUAUACAGUACUUGGUGGAUUGGAAAGGUUACGGUCCUGCUGAUCGUACUUGGGUUUCGGCUCUUGACCUGCAUGCAGGCCGUAAGAUCCGCGCUUUUCAUGCCAAGUUUUCUCUCAAGCCCGGUCCCGCCCGGUGGGCGGUCUUCAGGCGGGGGGUUAUGUCACAUAUCCAUCUGACACUUUUCCCCAACCUGGUGCUCAGCGGCCGGAAGCUUGCAGUCCUGACUGUCUUAGCAUACAGUCUGGCACCGGCCGUUGCACAUCCACGGGCAGAAAUAACCCCGUGCGAGCGCACGUGAACACGCACAUUUUGGAGCCAAAAUACCAGGCUGACCAAUGGGAAAGGGAGGAUGGAUAUAAAAACCCAGUCUGACCUCCAUUCAGUGCCCUGUCGUGGUUUCCCAUGUGGUUGUCCGAGAUCGCGUUCCUGUUUAUAGUUUUCUACUGUUUUUUUUACUUUGGCUUUGCUUAUUGACUUCUCUGUAUUUUGGUAUCCUGACUCCAUUCUAAGGACCGGUAAUACAUUACUUAUUUGUCAUUCAGGCUAUACAGUUCUACGUGCUGGAUCAUACAGUAAUCCUGAUACAGUGGUUCCUAACCCAGUCCUCAAGUACCCCCUACCAGUCCAGGAUUUAAGAAUUACCCAGUUAUGUAUUUAAACACAACAGGAUGAUUCCUAAAUCCUUGACUGUUGGAGGGUAUUUGAGAACUUGGUUGGGAACCCCUGUUCUAGGCCAUUAUUUUUAUUAGAAGGCAGACAUGGCUCUUGAUGCAACAAAACUAUUUUUUGGUGUUUUGGAGGCUGAUAUUCUGGAGAUAAUGAAACACUGUCACAUGAAAUACACUGGCUUGUUUGAUUUGUCAUCUAGAAAUGGGAGUAAAUGGAUUUUACACCAUGCCUACAUGGUCACAAGAAAUGCUACUGAUAAUCAGAUUACAACGUGCCUUCAUCAUUUGCUUACUGCGCUGGGCAUCUGUCUACAUUUCAAAAACAUUUUGAAUCAAGAUUAUGCCAGUUAUUUGUCAGACUGUGAUCCAUCCUGAUGUAAAUUUGUGUUCAGUAGAAUACGUUUACAAAUAACAAUGAUAUGCCUUCACUUCAAAGCAACUACAAACAAUGCUAGUUAAUUGCUUUCAGCAUUGCAUAAUGUCAUCCAUAUUACUUGAGAAUGAUGAGCUGGUAAUCAAAAAUCAAUCAAAUAGCAGGAUUGUUUUGUAUACAACUAUUAACUACAUUUAAAAAUUAAAGGACCACUAUAGUGCAAUGAAAACAUACUCGUUUUCCUGGCACUAUAGUGCCCUCAGGGUCCCAGUCCCGCCGGGCUCUGGGGAGAGGAAAGGGGUUAAACUUAAGGAGCUCUCCUCCUCCUCUCCGCCUCCAAUCCUUACAGGGCAUGUGUUGCAACUCGAGCAUCCUGAAAAUCCUUACUUUAACAUCAUAAUCAAUAUCCCCCUUUCUGCUUCAGAGAUUUAGUACAUACUUUUAAUAAAUGUUGCUUAUGUAGAUUGUGGAUAGAAUCUACAACAGAUAGACUCUUAUGUAGAAUGUAGAUUCUAGAUUUUAACACAAUGACAGCUUUGAUAUUACACCCAGAUGUGCCUCAGGGUCCCACUCCCACCGGGCUCUAGGGGGUGGACGGUGUUAAACUUACCUCUUACUCUCCUCCUCCUCGGCUGAAUGCGCAUGCGCGGCAAGAGCUGCGCGCGUAUUCAGCCAGUCUCAUAGGAAAGCAUUCACAAUGCUUUCCUAUGGACGCCGGCGUCUUCUCACUGUGAUUUUCACAGUGAGAAGCGCCUUUAGCGGCUGUCAAUGAGACAGCCACUAGAGGCUGGAUUAACCCUAAUAUAAACAUAGCAGUUUCUCUGAAACUGCUAGGUUUAUAGAAAAAAGGGUUAAACCUAGCUGGACCAGGCACCCAGACCACUUCAUUAAGCUGAAGUGGUCUGGCUGCCUAUAGUGGUCCUUUAAUCAUCUCCCCAGUGUUUACAAUAAAUUCACCUAUUUUCAUUGCUAGCUAAAAUUACAGGAAUGUUUACACUAAUAUGUAAAAACAUAAAUGUGGAGCUUGCCCUUUCUCUCUUAAUGCUGCAUGAAAUAUCCAGUUUAUAGAAGCUGAAGAUUUUUGGCCUAACGAUUUUAGUGCCAAAUAACUGGCCUCUCAAAUGCAGUCUAAAGCAAUAGUCAGUGUUAUGGGAAGAUAGACAUACAAAGCAGCAGCUGCAUUCCAUAAUUCGCUGGCUGCUUCAACAAAAGUUAAUUUUACGUUUAUAUUGCAGAAUGCGCUAGUGACACAAUAGAUUCAGCACUUCCUGAAAAAAAAUUGUAGAGUAUUGCAGUGAUCUACUAUAAUGGCUUUUUUUUUUUUUUUUUUUUUAUUCCUUCCAUUUUACAGCUAUAUACCAUUUCUCUCUUUUUCUAGCAUUUUGAAUUACUUUGCAUGUUUAAAGGUGCUGUAAACACAGUACAUAUAAUUUCGUAAAUUUGAAAUGGGAUUUGUGAAUCCGUUGUGUAUGAACUUUUGAUUUCCAUUUAGUUUUAUUCUAUAUUGGUGCAGGUUUUAUCAGUGUUUAAGUUGUAUUGAUUGAUCCAUUUCUGAUCUUUGUACUCAGUUACUGAGAUGCUGGUGAACAUUCUAAGCAUCUGCUCAGAUGACGAGCUGAUCUCUGAUGGGGAAGACCCCUUGGAAAGUAAGUCAUAUUCACUCUCAUGUAAUUCAGUGCUAUUUUUCAUUAGAAAUAAAUUAAUAUUCCAUGCCUUUUGUGGUUUUGCUGCCCUGUUUUUUCUCUGUACGAUGUACACUUUCCAUCUUUGAUGUCUUUUUGGUUUGUUUGUUUAUUUAUUUCUUCACCUUCUCAUGUGUCAACACAUGUCCUUUGUUCUUCUUUUGUCUACUUUGUAGAUCUAUUCACAGAUAUGAAGGCAGGGAGAGGGAUAUUUUGCUUUAUAAGGGUCCAGGAUUAAGUUUCUAGUUCCAUUCAUAUUUAAUAAUUCACCCCUCCAGGUGGUGCUUCUGUGCGUAAGGAGAUUAUUAGAAACAAGAUCAGAGCAAUUGGGAAGAUGGCACGUGUUUUCUCUGUACUCAGGUAAUGUCUCGUUCACUCUUCCAAUGUCUAUGAAGGACUUUAUAAUGGUUUUCCCAAGAAAAACAGCCUCUUCUUGAUGUCAUUUAGAGUAUAUAAGCAUUAAAGUGAUUCUCAUGUCAGGGUUUAUUGCCCUCUACACCAACACCAUUGAAUGAAAGUAAUCUAGUUUUGGGGAGUCAAACUUAUUUUAAGUUCAAUUUAAUAGCAUAAUCUAAGGCGAAGUAGGGACUAUUAUCUUAGUAUUGUUGCCAGGAAUAAGAAAACUUUGGAUGAAGUAUUAAACCACUUACUAUACAUUAUUUUUAUAUAUAUAUAUAUAUAUAUAUAUAUAUAUAUAUAUGGUGAAAUAGUGAUCAGCACUCUCGGACUUUUGUUGAGUUUAAAACUUACAGUUUAUUGAAAUUCCAUUUAAAAGAUCAACGUUUCAGUUCCUAUCUGGAACUUUCAUCAGGAUCAAACAUGUUUGAUCCUGAUGAAAGUUCCAGAUAGGAACUGAAACGUUGAUCUUUUAAAUGGAAUUUCAAUAAACUGUAAGUUUUAAACUCAACAAAAGUCCGAGAGUGCUGAUCACUAUUUCACCAUAUGCAAUUUUUCCCUGGAUUACAAGCACCCGGCUUACAACUGUCUACAAGCGUGAGUGCAAGGAAACCCUGUAUGUUGUGUAUAUAUAUAUAUAUAUAUAUAUAUAUAUAUAUAUAUAUAUAUCUAGAGAGAGAGAGAGACAAAGACAACAAUAUCCCCCGCACUCACGCUUAGUAGGUUCAAAAUUGCCGGAUGCCAAGGCCUGGACUCCAAAGAUACAAUGUGCCAAAAGAUAGCCGCUCACCGGACUUUUAAAAUACCAAUUCUUUAUUUAAUUCAAGUUAAAAUCAGAGACCUGUUCUCUGAUUUUAACUUGAAUAAAUAAAAAAUUGGAAUUUUAAAAGUCCGGUGAGCGGCUAUCUUUUGGCAAUAUAUAUAUAUAUAUAUAUAUAUAUAUAUAUAUAUAUAUAUAUAUAUAUAUAUCUUAAAUAAAGAAAGAAGUACAAAUAUAUGAAAAAUGUGGGUUUAGAAGUCUGGGCACACCCACACAUCACAAAGUGUGUAUGUAUGUGUGUGUGUGUGUGUGUAUAUAUAUAUAUAUAUAUAUAUAUAAUAUUAUAUUAUAUAAAUAUAAUAUAACUGGAUGUUACACCUAUUUGAAAAAUAGGGAUAUACGAAUAUGUCCACAUUAGGUUUAGCCAAACACUGCAUCAAAAUACUCAAAUUUGGAAUAUCUCAACUUACUUCUCUUUAUAUGUGAGAUCAGUUGUUUAGUCUUUACAACUUACAUGGAAGCUACAUAGUUCCAACCAAAUUAAAUUGCAACCAAGGCAGGUGUGGGAAAAGGGUAGAUGUUGUAGAACUAAAACUUGCAUGAUGCUUAGAAUUCUAAAGGCUAGCAAAACAUCAUAGCAUUUGUAGUUCUACAACAUCUGGGAAUCUGCUUUUUGCCCAUACUUAAUCCAAAAUAAAGGAGCAAGGAAGGGUAAUUAAAUUCACAUGUUUAGUUUCGUGUUAAAUUGAGAAUGUCUUCUCAUUUAGGUGGUAGGCAACCGCUCUUACAUAUGUAAGACAACUUUGUGUUUUGUAGCUAUUGUUACUGGUUUGGUUUAUUUAAAUAUUUACUCUUUUCCUCUUACUCUGAAACCAGGGUUCCUACGUAUUACUGCUGACCAGUCUUGUUCUGUCUUUCAAACACUUCUGAGGUUCUUGUACUAUUUCAGGGAAGAGAGUGAGAGUGUCCUAACACUGAAAGGACUGACACCCACGGGAACACUGCCCCAAGGCGUGCUGUCAGGAGGGAGACAGACUCUACAAAGCGGUGAGUGUCAGCCAAUGGCACAGCCAUGUCCAGCAUUGCUUGGAUGGAACGAGACCUUUAAUUUUGGAAUAUUCAUGAGUUUUUCAAUAUUUUUGUUCAUGUUUAUAUCAUUCAUUGUAGUAUUCCAGAGUGGCUCUCUUGUGGAUGAGACAUGAUUUGGGAGCGAUUGAGCUGUUAAUCUGUGAAAUGUGUUUGGAGAGGGGAAUCAGUGUUGUGGGGUGGACUGAUUAGAGAAAGAAUAAAUAUUCCAACUGGUCAAUGGGGUUAUAGGAGGAGGCAAACUCACUGUUAUGUUAUGUUUGGAGGAGGGAGAAUGUAUUUUAAAGUAAACAAAUGACUCUCAGCACAAACAUCAGACAGUUCAUUAGUUGUCCUCAGUGAACAUGUGAGAUGCUAUAUGUCUCCACCAAAACCUAUAGGACAACCGCAGAUAAAGAGACCAUAUGCGAUAAAUUUGAUAAAAAUAUAUAUGCAUAAUAUACAAAACAUACCCUUCUUAUUGUAAAAGCUAAGAUAAGCUUGGGAUAAAUGUAAAUGUAUCUGAUAAUUCAUAGUGCUAGAUAUUACAGACAGCCUAAAAUCUGUGCUUGAUUAAAUUAAUUAUUUCUGAUUGGCCCUGGGCUUUCAUAGUACAGUUGUUUAUUAGUUUUUUUCUAUAAAAGUACUUGUACAGCCUGGGUGAAUCCCAGUUUCACUUGUAAGUGGGGGUAUGUAUAGUUAUAGAGCUUGGAUUUCCAUCCCAGCCUUACACACUUUAAAAUAAAAUGGGGCGGGGCUUGGAAGCCUAGAUGGCUGGACAUGCUCUAAACUAGCUCCGGCACAUCUGAGCAGAAAAUCAGCCGUUUUUACUCUAAACCACACGGAUUGCAGCUUCACACAAACUGUGUACCAUGUGGGAACACACUGAACCGCGAUCUGUGCCAUUACGCCGACAAUUGAAGCCUUCUGGCUAUGUGGCAUAGUAUGUCUUGCGGCCUGGGCUCUGGGAGAAGUGGCUGAUCUCCUCGCGUAGGACUUGCUUCUUGUGCAGACUACCCUUUAGCCAUGCACACACCCGUUUGGACUGGUGGUUGAUAUCCGUUCCCCACUGGGAAAACUCACCCAGCCACAGCAGCAAGGUCCCCUGCUCAAAGGACGACCGGAUGGUGUGCACAAGAUGGCUGCCGUGUGGUAACGCUCACAGCACCAAGAGCCCCCUGAUAACUAGGCCUGGAGAGGGUGCUUUGAAUCGCGCUUUGAAAGGAUCUGCCAGGAGUUUUGAGAGCGCAUCUCCAGCAAACCGCACACUAUUGCUCUGCUUCACAAGCCCGAUCUCUACCUGGACUGGGGGCACACAUAAAGGUAACCCCCACUCAUCGCCCACAUACCCGACAGGUUCCCCGACCUUCGGCGAGCACUCGAGCCCAAGACCCUGCUGAGAGGAGGAGGAAGAUCCAAGGUCAGAUCUGGGCUGUGGAGGGUGAAGCACAUGGCCACAGGAGCCAAAUAACAGCUUGCAAGCCUGACACCCAGCUACUUCCCAAGUACAGCACAGCAGCAAGAGACGGCAACAUACCCAGGCAAUGGCCAGACUGUAACAUGCGGCCUAUACACGGUGUGGGAUAAAUUCCCAGGAAACGUGCCCCCGGUCGAUCACAGUUACCCCAGUCAGCAAAACGGGGAUUCCUAUGUUUCAAUACCUGGAACUUUUGGUGACGAGCACCCAGUGGUAUUACAACGUACUGGCUAAUGUAGCAUUAUGUUUCCCAUGUUUUUAUUUUUUUUGUUUUCUCAUUACUAUUACAUUUCACUAAUUUCUAGUUAAUCUGGCCAGCCAUACAUGUUUAUUCGCUAGUGGCAGGACUGACACCCUUGAACCUGCACAGUCACUUACAUGCCAUAUUCUAUUGUAAGCAUGUUUACCUAUUUUAUUUUGUUUUUAAGUCCCGCCAGUCACCUAACCUGACUACCAUAUUAAGAAUGUCUCCUGGUGGGUACGCUAACAUACCUUAACAUUUCUGCUGUUAUUAGACACUAGCUUAGUUUUAAAUAUACCGUUUGAAUAACUGUUUGACACAUACUGAUCCACCAUGUCAUUUAUAUAAAAAAAAGUGCAAUUUUUCAUGAUAUUGUAUGUCAUAUAAUUGUACUUUAUACUGCAGUCAAACUUUUACAAUGUUCAUGCAAGCCUGUAUACCUAAUCCUGCACUGCAAAAAUAGUUAUUUAAAAAAAAAAAAAAACUUCCAAAGCAAAACUCAAUUUUUAAAGAAAGCCCCAAAUCAAAAAAAGAACAAUCCGAAGUCCCAAUAAUUUCCUCUGUAUGGAGAAAUUUCUUGGUGGUGAGGUUUUAGAGUGGUAGUUGAAUUAUUGAACAAAGGUGCAUUUUGAGAUGAUGGGUUAGAAUUUGUUAAUUUGGACACAAUGAUCAAAGUCUUGUGGUUUUGGGAUGAUGUUUUGGGUGAUGAUCUGUGCUGUAAUGUUUUCUUACAUUCCACAUUCUUGCUUUUCUCAUGCAGCCACAGAAGAAGCGGUCGAGGCUCAGGAGGGUGAGCUUAUCUUGCUUACUUUCACGUGUACAAUGAGUUUCAUAAGUCAACAGGAAAGCUCUUUGCUUACUCACUAUAACAUAUUUACUGAAAUUAUACAUUUUAACCUUUUGUUUACGUAGAUCCAAUUUGUACAUCUUGACAACAUCAUUACAUUUUUCCCAAGUGAUAUGAGAAGUGCUUUCUUUUAGCAUUAAUGAAUGCCCAGUGAAUCUGAUCUGUAUCUCUGGAUCCAACAGGUUCCUGGGUUUUGUAAAACAGUUUAUACCUCAACCCUGACUUCAUACCUUUUACCAAUUCAAGAAACUAUAUCACACACCUCAGCCAAAUAGAUGGCAUAUUACUAGACAGUCUGCUUCUUUUCUUGAUUUACACACAGUGCAACAAUAAACCACUAACAUCAACUUCUCUUGUAAAACUAAUACAAAAUAGCACAAUUCCACUUAAACUUCAAUAUUGGUAAUUUAGAUAAAAUAUUUUUAUUUUUUUUAUGAAAUAGGAACUUCCAUAAUAUAUUCUUGCAGUUUACUGAGCCAACACAAGAGGGCACUAGAUGAUGUCUAAAACAUUCCAAAAAGCUAGGCCACUGAUUUUCAUGACAUACUUUUUGGCAUAUUACAGCAAAUCUGCCAUUUUAUAGAAAUUCUGUUCUUCUUUGUACUAAUAACUACUCUUCAUUUCUCCAGGAAAAAAAAAUAAAAAAAUCUGUGCAUUAGGAUUUCUUGCUCCCUAUCCACCCUCCCACUGUUUAAUUCAGCUUUGCACUUAAUCUAUUUUUCCCUUUUGUUACCCCUUCUGUUUUUUUUACACUUAUCCCUGUUUUGUUGAUAUUACUUUAUACGUGUCUAGUUAAUUUAUUACACCCUGCGUCUCUAUUGUAUCACGUGGUAUCUUUCUGCCAAUCUCUUUUUCAAUCUUCCUUAUUUACCUUAUGUCUGGUUUACAUUUCUUUUCUUCUCUUUGUCUGGCUUGCAGUGCGAGGAUUCUCUCCCCAGCACAAGAUUCGUAGCUUUGAAGAAGCCAGAGGUUUAGAUCGCAUCAAUGAACGCAUGCCCCCAAGACGUCCCUCAUCUCCCCAGGACUCCAACAUCAUCUCCACCGACAAAAACAGCACCAACAAAAACCCACAGUGACAGGCCUGUCAGUGGCUGCUGUAGCAUUUGGCACAACUCUCUCCCACCACCUCCAUGAAAACUGCGUGUCUGAGGGCAGGACUCUCAAAACCAGACUGACCGACACAGAGUGCAGAUGCGCGUGCACGCACACACACACACACACACACAGUACAGAGGUAUACUUGAUAUGCAUAUGCAAAUGCAGGUAGAUGUGCAUAAAUGCAAGAUAGGAACAUACAAAGUGAGCAGCUGUAUACUGAGGCAAAUAGAAGUGCCCGGUUAUAAAGGAAUGAGACAUGCAUAUAAUGUAUAUACAGACACAGGCACAAAGGGUUUAAUGUGGAGGACUCAGACAUGGGUUAUGGAAAUUGAAAUAUAGAGAUUGGUACCAUUCACAUCAUGAGAAUAAUUAACAAUCAUCUGGUGGAAAUCAAGGGCACUGACUGGGACACACAAGUAAAGAUUGGUUCAGGCACCAGUGUGUAUAUACACAAACACUGCAAACCACAGGUAAAUAUACAUUGUGAGCACACAUACAUUGAGACAAACACUCAUCACACACACAACCGGUAACACAAUACACAGGGCUGGCCUGUCCUGCAGUUUGUAUUCUCUUUGUAAAUGUUAUUUGCGUUCUAUAUAUAUAUAUAUUUAUACAUGUGUAAUAUAAAGACCCUGUUUUUUAAUGUAGGGUUUGUCUAGCGGCAGCUGCUGCAGUAUUGUACCAUAAUCUGGGGCCAACUCCCAGCCCUCGUACCCUUGUUCCCUCUACAGGUGCACAUGUCAGCACAAAAAAAACAGUUAAAUGACAUGCAGUUUAAACAGGUCAAAGAAGUUCCUUAAAGAAUCCAUUGCAGGCCUGAUUUUUACUUAGUACAAAGUAGCCUUCAUAGCACAGAGGUUUUAGAUAUCUUUGUGAGUAUGUGCGUUCCUGAACAUAUACGGAGUGCUGCAGAACAUUGUGCUGCAUAUAUAUCCACAUACAACUAGCUUUGUCAGUGUCCAAGGAAUGUGCACUGUAUUGCUGUACAGUACAUUGUCACAGCCCAGUGGCACACAAUGAAAUUCACUUAACUUUUAGUAAUACAGAUUUCCCCAUAUGUAAUUAUAGCAAUUCUUAACCAUACUCAUUGCACACAUUAAGCUGCACGCACAUAAUCCUCUGUACAUGAGGUUGGUUUGUGGAGCUUAGAUCUGCACAUCGAAUUCUAUGUACAGGUCAUGCUCUACGUAACAUCAAAGGAACACUAUGGUCACCUAAAUUUAGCUAAAUAAAGCAGUUUUAGUGUAUAGAUCAUUCCCCUGCAAUUUCACUGCUCAAUUCACUGUCAUUUAGGAGUUAAAUCACUUUGUUUCUGUUUAUGCAGCCCUAGCCACACCUCCCCUGGCUAUGAUUGACAGAGCCUGCAUGAAAAAAAAAACUGGUUUCACUUUUAAACAGAUGUAAUUUACCUUAAAUAAUUGUAUCUCAAUCUCUAAAUUGAACUUUAAUCACAUACAGGAGGUUCUUGCAGGGUCUAGCAAGCUAUUAACAUAGCAGGGGAUAAGAAAAUCUUAAUUAAACAGAACUUGCAAUAAAGAACGCCUAAAUAGGGCUCUCUUUACAGGAAGUGUUUAUGGAAGGCUGUGCAAGUCACAUGCAGGGAGGUGUGACUAGGGUUCAUAAAUAAAGGGAUUUAACUCCUAAAUGGCAGAAAAUUGAGCAGUGAGGCUGCAGGGGCAUGUUCUAUACACCAAAACUGCUUCAUUAAGCUAAAGUUGUUCAGGUGACUAUAUUGUCCAUUCAAGCAAACAUGAUUCACUUUAAAUGGUUUGACCUGGGCCAGAUAGGUGCCUGAAUCUGUAGUCUUUGCAAGAGAGGCCUGCAUCCACAUGGCACUUUUUCUCCAGUAUUUAAUAUAAUGGGGAUAGGUCCCUUUUAAAACCUGAUCUUUUAUACAAGGGGAAGUGGCAGGAGUUGCAAUAUGGGCCAUUUACCUACUCCCAGAUCAUAACCACACAAACCCCUUGACGGACCACUCUUGUUUUAAGAGGUUUACAUUUUAGGGCUAUGAAUACAUAAAACCUUUGUACAACAAGGGCUUGAGGUAACACAAAGUUGUAACUUCAUUAUGGCACAGAUACUGGGUUACCGACAGGUAUUAUCCACACCUAAAAGGGUGAGGGACUAGUUCUGCCAUGGCAAUAAGGCACUCAGGAGCUGGGUUACCCUCUGACAAUCUCAUAUUUUUCACCAUCUUUGCAAGGUCACCAAAGGCAUCAAAGGAGACAUGUUAAUCAGAGUAAAGAAGGGUUGGAGUGCCUACUCUGAUGGAAACAAAUUUUCUUUGGUGUCUUUCUGUUGAGAAAUAGCACAAAAAUUUACAUUUUCUUUCUGUCCUUCCCCUUGUUUAAGUUUUAUUUUGAACAUUAAUUUAUAUCUUCAAUGUCAUAAUCUGGGGGAGGUGGAAGAUGAGCCCUUUUCUCUCCUCCCCGCCAUCAUCUUCUACUUUCCAUGACAUUUAUUAUUUGCCGAGUUGUCUUGUAUUAAAAUAAAAAAACUAAAACAUGUUUUUAAAAAAAAUGUAAAAAAAAAAAAGUAUGCUGAUUUUUUUUUCCCCCCAAAGAAUUAUGGGAGAAAACAAAUGUUCUGAUUAAACGGCAAACUAGUUAACAUACAUGUCUGUGGUGUUUUUCUCCUUUGACAGACGACUGGUGACAGUGCCAUUGUUGUGUUUGAAUUGAGAAAUUAGUAGGUGAAGAAACAGAUUUGUGUGGUAAGCACCACAAAAUCAAUGUUUUGCUGGUAUGUAUGAUUUGUGAGAGAGGUGCAUCCAGUGCGUCUCUGAAAAAUGUUAUGUUUGGGAAUGGAUCCUGUGUAAUAUAUAUAUUAUUUUUUUAAGAAUGAGUUAGCAGUGUGGAUGCUGAUAUUGCCUAUCCUAUGUUUCUAUGAAUGAGUUAGUAGUAUGGGUGAUGUUACCCAUGUUGUGUUUAUAUAGGGAGCUUGUCACUUUGGAAGCUUUAUUAACUAUCUUCUGUUUAUAUGGAUCUGCCAGUAUAGUUGUCCAUGUUGCUUAUCGAGAAGUUGGCAAAGUGGAUGCUGGUGUAUCCUGUUCUGUGUAAAUGGAUGGGUUGGUAGAAUGUGUGCUGGUUUGACCUGUCCUGUGUUUAUAUGAAUGGGUUGGUAGAGUGGCAGCUGAUACUACCAGUCGUGUGUGUAUGAAUUUGUAUUGCUAUGUUUGAACAGAAGAGUUGGGAGUUACCUACCCUGUAACUGAACAAAUGAGUUGGUGGUAUGAGUGAGUAAAGUUCUAUUUUAAAUGGAUUUAAUAUUAAAUAAUACACUUAGAGGAGUUCAAACACAUUUGUAAAAAACUAUGUAUUGCUUACUUUUCAGUUUUUGCUGCUGCAAAGAGAGCGUGGAAUAAAGUAAUCACUGAAUCCAAAGCUGCAGUCUUGGUGUCCCAAGCCAAGGAAUCCAGAUAGAAUUCAAAUCCUGGACAUAGAAUAUAGAGAUACAACCAACCUUAAAAAAAAGAAACAAAAAACUAAAUAGUAUAGCACUGCUAUGGUAACCAGGCCUAAAUAAGAUAUAUUGCAUUCAAAGAUGG